AUGCAUUCCACAUCAUAUCCUGGUAACAGAAUAGGGCCAAACACUUAUCCGGUGCCUUGCCAGGAUCGAGAAGGCCCUAAGCCAAUUACCAAAUGUUUUGGGUAUCUUCCAAAACUGGAACUUAACCUUAUACUUGGACAAGGUAGGUUAUGUCCAGUAGGCCCAGCUGAAGCACCCAGGGAAGGAAGGGGGCUAACAUAGUUACUAGGGGAAAGGGAAGGAGACAGCUGCCUCACACUACUCCCAGCCUGCCCUCCUACCUUGGGAAGGGAAACCUCUGCCCCCCAGUAAAUAACCUGUGGCCUUCUCAUCCGCCGUGGUUUGCAUGUGGCGGGUCCACAUGAGAUGAUCGGGCUGCCGGAAAACACUUAGCGACCCCGGAAGGAGAUUCAGCCUGUGCAGGAGUGGCAUCUGCCAGCGUAGCCAGGAACCAGCUGGCCAACAAGGUGGGACUGCGGCUCCUGCUGUAAGGAACUGAAGAGGAAGACUGCAAACUAACAUGAGCUGCAGCAGAGAAACUGCAGCCUCCCCAGGAGGGGUGAAACGUGCAGGUGGCCAAGCUCGCCUCCCGGAACCUCCGUGACUGCCAGGCGGGGAUGCAGAAAUCACCGCAGAUGCCUGCAGAUGAGCGAGCUGAGCCUGCAGGUGUAGACUCCAUAUUGUAAGUCCUCAGUCCUGAGGGCAGAUAGGACAGUCUCGAUGUCCAUACUCAGACUCUUGCAGAAAACAGCAUUUGGCAAGCAGGUACACAAGGAAGCAACUACCAUGCAAUUAGCAAGCUGUUACCAACUUAUAAUUAAGAUGGCUGCUUAUCCUGUAAAAUGCCCACCUAUUUACACUAUCCCACCCCUUUGCUCAUAAUCCUCCUCCCACCAUUCUAAAGACCUCCUUACCAUUCUAUCUAUACACUCCCCCUCACACUCACAUGUCCAUGUUCUGUCUAAGCCUUGCCUGACUCCUCAGGGUCUGUAAUAAAGUAGUCAAUAUUCCUUUAUUAAAACAAUGUAAAAUUCAUCCACAAAGCAUUUCACCACACACAUUUCAUCCACCUAUGCCUUAUGCAUUGAGUCAUCUGUAUGCUUAAUCAAUUGUAAGUACAUUACUUCUACAGGUCCCGAUAUUUACUUGAUUCCACAUCUUGCUGCAGUGACCUAUCAUAUUGAACCUAGGUGAAUCCUGCAAAAAAGGCUCACUCGCUGUCCUUAAAUAGCUAGUUGAUGGCAGCAGAGCUGUAAAGUAUGGUAUACAAUCUUCAGCCAGAGUAUGGGAAGCAGCCAUUCCUAGGGCAUUCAAUGCUAUUGACCAACAGUUUUUGAGGAACCUUCAGAAGUGGAAGAAGCAAUUUACAAUACUCAUGAAGCACAGUUUAAAGGCAAAGCCAAGGACUCUGCCUGGACACUAUGGGCAUAGGUUGAGUAGGGUGCACUCAUGGGGUCACUUGAUAGGGUAGUGCAAUGCUUACUAAUGUAUAAUAUUCUAUUCCAUAGUUGUUCCAUAAGCUCUGUUCUCCUGUGCUCUUUAAUUUAUCACAUCUGUCAUGGCAAGCGAUCUGUGCCCAAUUACUGAGUAUCUUGGUGGUUUUAUUCAAAUAUGUUUCUUGUAUGUAGUCAGAAAAAUUGUUAUGCAGAUCUCUUGAGUUAUUUUAUUCCUAUGAGGACUACAUGCCCAUGCAAAAAUAUAUAUGCAAGCUUUGUAUGUCUACCUAUGCACUACUAAAAUAAAGAAUGUAAAAAAAAAUGUUCUCACCAGUGGUAUGAGUUUGGAAAGUUUCACGUAUAAUUCUUAAAUCUGUUUGUCAAAAUGAUAUCUUAAAAAAGCAAAAAUUGCAUCACCACCCAACAUAGCACUGACUGCAAAGAGUUGAACCCCCAUAACCAUCCGCAACAACCAUCACUCAACUACUCCACCACUAUGCCCCACAGGGGUGCACCACCUGGAUGAGACACAUAACUGGGCAGUUAACUUAAAUGGGUACAUGUUAUUUAGGAAGGAUAGGAAAAACAUGUGGUGGGGUAUGUUUGUAUGUCAACCAUGAUUUAAAGCCAAAUCUUAAGCAAGUGGAAUGUGAUGAGGAAAAUGUGGAAGCUUUAUGGGUAAAUAUCUGCUUGGGGGAAAAGAAGGGAAACCAACUAUUGGUUGGGAUAUGUUAUAAACCACCUAAUGUUAAUAUUGACGAGGAACAACAGCUGUUUGAGCAAAUUGAGAAAGCUGCAAAUCUGGGUAACACUUUAAUUAUUGGAGAUUUUAAUUACCCGGACAUAAAUUGGGACAGAGGGACUAGUAGCUCAGCAAAGGGAAUUAGGUUUUUAAACUUGUUAAAUGACACCUUCAUGUCACAACUUGUACAAGCACCAACUAGAAUGGACGCUUGUCUGGACCUGGUUUUAACAAACAACGUUGAUCUUUUGACCCAAAUUCAAGUAGGUGAGCACUGGGGAAUGGGUGAUCACAGUAUAGUGUCCUUUGAAAUAAACUCAAAAGCACAUGGGGUAUACUAAAACAUAUCAUUUUAAAAAGGCCAAUUUCAAUAAGUUAAGGGCAGCUUUACAAUAUAUUGACUGGAAUAAACUCUUUAGUGAAAAGAACACUGAGGAUAAAUGGAUCAUCUUCCAACAAAUAUUAGAAAGGUACAUUUCUCAGUAUGUACGAUUGGGAAAUAAAUAUAAAAGAAACAAAUUAAAACCAAUGUAACUUAGUAGAGAAGUAAAACGAGAGAUUAAAAAUAAGAAAAGGGCAUUUAAAUCAUUUAAAUCUGACAAAUCAGAUGCAUCUUAUAAAAGAUAUAAGGAAGCAAAUAAUGUGUGCAAAAAGGCAAUUAGACUUGCUAAACUUCAAAAUGCAAAUGAUUGCUACUAAAAACUUGCAGAAUAAUUGUAAUUGGUUAACUCAAGACAAGUUGCUGCAGCAACUAAAGAAAGUUAAUAUAAACAAAGCUCCAGGGCCUGACGGUAUCCAUCCACGUGUACUUAAGGAACUGUAAAAUAAGUGAACCUCUGUUUUUAAUCUUUCAAGAUUCUUUUCUUUCAGGAAGUGUUCCGGAGGAUUGGAGGAAGGCAGAUGUGGUUCCUAUAUUCAAAAAGGGUUCAAAAUCCUUGCCUGGAAAUUAUAGACCUCUGAGCUUAACUUCUGUGGCUGGGAAAAUAUUUGAAAGGUUAUUAGGGGAUAAUAUUCAAGAAUUCCUUGAGAAGAACAUGGUUAUCAGCAAAAAUCAGCACGGUUUUAUGAAGCACAGGUCAUGUCAAACUAACUUGAUUGCGUUCUACGAAGAAGUAAGUAGAAGUAUAGAUCAGGGUGUUGCGUGGAUGUGAUCUAUUUGGAUUUUGCCAAGGCAUUUGAUACAGUUCCACACAAUAGAUUAGUGUUCAAACUCAAGGAAAUCGGUCUAGAUGAAAAUGCUUGUUCUUGGGUAGAACAUUGGCUUAAAAACAGAGUACAAUGAGUUGUCAUUAAUUGUAAAUUUUCAAGCUAGACAGAGGUGGCAAGUGGUGUCCCUGAGGGGUCUGUUCUGGGACCCCUUCUAUUUAGCAUGUUUAUAAAUGAUCUUGAAGACAUCAUUGAAAGUCAUGUUUCAGUGUUUGCAGAUGACACAAAACUCUGUAAAAUAAUACAAUGUGAGCAAAAUAUUACUUUGCUGCAGAGGGAUUUAGAUAGCUGGGGGACUGGACACUCGAAUGGCAGAUGGAAUUUAAUGCUGAAAAAUGCAAAGUUAUGCACUUCUACGUAAAGAAUACACAAGCAACGUAUACCAUUAAUGGAAGCGAAUUAGGGAUAACAACACACGAAAAGGACUUGGGAAUUGUUAUAGACAACAAACUAUACAACAAUGUGCAAUAUCAAUCAGCAGUGACCAAGGCCAGUAAUGUAUUGUCAUGCAUGAAAAGGGGCAUUCAUUCUCGGGACAAGAAUAUCAUUUUGCCUCUUUAUAAAUCACUGGUAAGACCACAUAUUGAAUAUGCUGUGCAAUUUUGGGCACCUGUUCUAAAAAAGGAUAUUAUGGCACUAGAAAAAGUGCAGAGGCAGCUACAAAAUUAAUAAAAGGAAUGGAACAUAUCAGCUAUGAAGAAAGGUUAACAAAUGUAAACCUAUUUAGUUUAGAAAAAUGUCGCCUGAAAGGAGAUAUGAUAACAUUAUACAAAUAUAUUCGGGGCCGAUACAAACCAUUGUGUGGAAAUCUAUUUACAAACCAGACUUUACAUAGGACACGUGGCCAUGCGUUUAGACUGGAAGAAAGAAGAUUUCAUCUAAGGCAAAGGAAAGGUUUUUUUUACUGUAAGAACAAUAAGGAUGUGGAAUUCUCUGCCUGAAGAAGUGGUUUUAUCAGAGUCCAUACAGAUGUUCAAACAGCUAGUAGAUGCAUACUUGCAAAAACAGAAUAUUCAAGGAUAUAAUCUUUCAAUGUAGGGUAAUAACUGCUUGAUCCGAGGAUAAAUCUGACUGCCAUUCUGGGGUCAAGAAGGAAUUUUUUUUCCUAGCUUGUUGCAAAAUUGUGCUUCAAACUGGUUUUUUUUGCCUUCUUUUGGAUCAAAAGCAAAAAACAAAUGUGAGGAAGGCUGAACUUGAUGGACGCAAGUCUCUUUUCAGCUAUGUAACUAUGUAACUAUUUAAUUUAGUUUGCUUCUCCAGCAAGUGCUGUGUGAUAACCUACUCUGUAAGAAGCCCCAGUGACUUUUUCAUUUAGAUUUUUUUGUUCAUAAGCUGUUUAUUCUUCUGAUAAUCUGGAAUUUUUUGCUUAAAAUAGGCAAUGUCUUUAUCUUUGUACUCUGCGUGAUUUUGCUAAAAUAUGAAGAUGUUAUUUAGCAGGUGCUAACAAACUGUUUGAUAAUAUUUUCUUGCAAAGUAAGCAUUGUGCUUCAGGACAAUCUUCAUUGCUGGAAUUUGUGAAUCCAAAUGACAAGUAGUUGUCAUCAUAUUUUCGUUUCUUCGAGAAAAGAUUGAGUAGCAUUGUGUAUUUUUCUUUAUUUCUUCGACUUGUCACUUGUCUCUGUUAUUUGAGGAACUGUAGUUUCAACAAUUUUGGACCAGUUUUCUUGAUUUCUUGUUGUAUCUUCUUUCUCAGUUUUUAGAAAUGCGUAACGAUUAGAAGUUGUAAUCAUUAAUCUCUUCAUAGCUCGUUCCUUUAACCAUCUGUCCAAAUUCAUGGCUGCUGAUUCAGCCUUAAAAUUAAGUUGUUGUUUUUUAACCAGGAAAAAUACAGAUUUCACUACCUGAUUACAAAAGAUGCUGUUUUGUUUUCAGCUUAGUAAGCAAGUAAAUCAAGCAGGAUUUUGUCUCAGUCUUGGAGUAAAAAGAACAUUUCUUUAAUAUGAAAAAAUGCAGAUUUCCCUACCUGACUACAAUGGAUGCUGUUUUGUUCUCAACUCUUAGUAAGCAAGUAAAUCUUUUUGGGUCAAAUUUGGAGCAAAAUGCACUGUUGCAAAACAUAAUUUCAAAGUAAACAGGUGUUUGUACUUUUGGAGCACAAACAAUGUAUUUUUUUUGUUUGUUUGUUUUUUGGGGAGGAUAUAUACAUUGAUUUCUAUAGAGUGUAAACUGAUUGUAAUAUUUCAGAACAUAAUAUUUUCUUUUUUGCUUUUAUAUUUUUUUAAUGAAUAAAUGUAUUUAUUGAAAAAAAAGUUUUACAAAAAUACCCAAACCCAAGUAAAUUAAGAAAAAGUGUGAUACACAAAUAUUUUCAGCAGUACAUUUCUAACCAGCACAGGAUGACAAAAAUAAAUGAGCCUGGGAGAAUGAGAGGUCACCUACACAUGAUUGUUUUGUAUCAAUGCUCACAACCAAGUGAGUCUGAAAUGGCUGACAGCACCAGGAAUAAGAUCAUGGACUCGCCAUCUCUGCUGUUUCUGACUUCUGGGAAAAGCGGGGAGUAGUGGCCAUCUUGUUGGUGGAAAUAAUGUGGUUGAACACCAGUUUUGUUCUUGUAGAACUCCAGGGUUCAUUGUAACACUAAUUGGGAAACACUGUUCUAGACAGGCACUAUAUGUGCUUCCUGGAUUGUAAUAGAAUUUAACUCUGUAAAAAUGACAUUGGACAUACUCACAAUUUGCAUGGGAAUGUCCAUUGCAUUCAAAAUCCCCAUUGGAAACCAUUGAUUCAAUUGCAUAGGAAACACUAAUGUGCAUGGCACUCGCUGCGCACGCACAUUAGGUUCCCUCUUUGACAUGGCAUCUCUGGAGGAGGAGACCCAUUCAGCACUGAUGGAUUCUCAGCACUGGAAGGGGUGUUAACCCAUUCAAUACCAAGGCUGGUGGUGGAUCUACAGAUAUAGGGAGAGGAACAUUAUAGUAUUAGGAAUACAAUGUUGUAUUCCUAUUGCUAUAGAGUUAAUUUAACAAAUUUUCAUGUGGCAAUAAAAUGGAUUGUUAGACAACAAUAAAAUCACCAAAUUUUUAUUGAGAGCCUAUACAGAGCCUACUUGACAGAGUGCAGACUCCAAGACUCCGAUUCCCCUUGAUCUCUGUAUAUAUAUAUAUUUUUUUUUUGUAAAGGAACAGUCCUUUACACCAAAUCAACUAUCUCUAAAGUUAUGGUGCCAGGAGGCCCCGGGAGGCAUUCUUACCUCUGGUAUUAAAAUGUUAUUUAACCCCUUAAGGAUUGAGCAAAAUGUACAUGUUUUCAUCAAAAUAAAAUGGAAACAAAACUUGGAAUUUGACUAAAUGUAUGUUCAACCGUAUUUUGCUUCUUUCAUACCAAGUGCACAUACACUCAUUAUAUAUAAUUUUAUUCAGGAUAAAUAGGGCUUUCAUUUAAAAUAAAAUAUUUAGGUAUGAAACAUAAUUUAAUAUGAAUAAAAUAUUUUUAAAAAUUGUGAUAUUAAGAAAUGUUGCUAUUUUUUUAGUUCUGCAUGACAUUUUCACACACAUAAUAUUUGUAUGUGUGUGAAAAAUGCAAAAAACUAAUCUGAACGCCAAUUUUGGCCAGUGUUUGUGACUAAGUGGCUACUAAAAAAGACUGGACAUACCCCAUUUGCAAUACCUUGGGUUGCCAACUUUUGCAAGUGGUAUGCCAUCAUGUGGGUAAUUCUCAUUUCUGGGCUACCAUAUGGUCUCAAAGGCAACGUAACCAAUCUGGCGAAUUUCAAUGUGAAAAAACUGAAACACAAGCCUUAUAUUUGACUCUGUAACUUUUACAAACAUCAUAAAACCUGUACAUAAGGGGUACUGUUAUACUCAGGAGACUUCGCUAAAAAAAAUAUAUUUAUGUUUCAAAACCGUAAAACGUAUCACAGCAAUUAUAUUGUCAGUGUAAAUGCAGUUUGUGUGUGAAAAAUCCAAAAAAAAGUCACUUUCAAUGAUGAUAUCAUCGUUGUAAUACAUUUUACAGUUUUAAACACUAAUAUUUGUAUUCAGCAAAGUCUCCUGAGUAAAACAAUACCCCCAUGUACAGGUUUUAUAGUGUCUUGGAAAGUUACAGGGUUAAAUAAAGUGCUAGCAAAUUAAAUUAUCUGGACUUUCUGCCUGGGUUAUCAGGCAGGUCCCGCAAAUUGUAAUUAAUAAAAUGUCUUAAUUAUGUAUAAAUAUUACAUAAAUAUAUACAUAGAAUUAAUAUAUAUAUAUAAUUUUUUAAAAUUAUUUUUAUUUAUAUAUAGGUAUAUAUAUAUAUAUAUAUAUAGUGAUAUAUGCAUAUAUAUUUAUGUAUACAGAUAUAUAUAUUAGUUCGUUCUAAGUGUAUUUUGAUAUCAAUAUAUAUAUAUAUAUAUAUAUGUAUAUAUAUAUAUAUAUACUAAUAUCAAAAUACACUUAGAACGAAAUUACACAUAUAUAUUUUUUAAUUAUUUAUUUUUAAUUAUUUUAUUAUUGAAAAUGUUUAACGUAUUUAUAUAUUUAUUUUAUAAUAUAUAUGUAUAUAUUGUUUUAUUUUACACUGGUUUUAACUUUAUUUUACUUUAUUACAGGCAGCAGGGUGACUACCUGUCAUUCCAGGCACUCCCCCUGCUAGCACUGCUAUGGAUGGCUAUUCCGUCCAUGUGAUCAUGAGGUCCUUGCAAGGAUCUCGCGAUCACAUGGCCAAGGAGGGCUGGAUCGGCAGCAGGGAUGUCAGGCAAGUCCCCCCCCCACGUACUUUGCCGCUCACUGGCAUUUAGAGUUGGGUCCCCAAGGGUGGCAUAGCAUGCCCACCAUCCUUAAGGGGUUAAUGGAUUAUUCCAAUGUUGCCUCCAGCACAUGUCUCCACUACCCCCUGGCAGCUUCUGGCUUCCAACUUUCAGAUUCAAGAAGCAUGGAUUGCCAACGUGCUGAGGCGCCAUAGAUUUUCUGAGAGCAGUCAGCUGAUGCUCUCAACCAAUCAGUGACUUCCCAUUCACUUGGCUUGCAAGUAGUUUCCGUGAAAUGUGAUUGAGUCUAAGGUUCUUAAAAAGGAGGAAAACACACGGGGAAUGAAACACCAUCUUAGAGAGUAUGUUUGAUAAGAUAGCCCUGUAUAUUUGUUUCAAAUUAAAAUUGAAACAACAAAGUGUAACGGACCACCUGGCACCCCGCUGUGUACCUCCGUUGAAGGAUGCUCCUAGGGCUUCCUGAGGACUCCAAGCACUGCAGCAGACACCACAACCACCGACCUGGAGAAGCAUACGAAUGCUCUCAAGCAUAUGAAUGCUGUAAGCAGCUGAACAGGAAAAGCAUACAAUCAGCUUACACUCAUGGCAAUCAGCAUACAAUCCAAACAUAUCACAGGGACCCCAAAACAUGCAAUAACCCCAUAAAAAUAUCAUCGGAACCGGGGGAUCUGGGUGAACCACAUAUCCAAAAUUCACCCAGAUCCAUUCAGUAGUUUGGAAGAUACAGUUUAAUGCAGAUUCCGCAGAACAUAUACAGGCUAUAUGAAAAAUAAUUACUGUAUAAUGUGUCCCCUGUUGUAUAGUUUAAAACUACUGCACAAUGUCUUUGUGCACCAAAUACCGGCGAGAUGGCACCGUGUAGAAAGGUCCAAACAGUGUCUGUGAGUUAAAAUGGCUGCCAUCCACUGUUCUCACCAAGUGCUUCAUCCAUUGUUCUCACCAUGUGCCUCUGAUACAUGAAAUGGUGGCCACCAAGUAACUCCACAGUAUGUCCCCAGAUGGUUCUUAAAGGGCCAGCAGCAGCAUAAUAAAAAUCUAUUAUGCCCAAAUCAGUUCCUAGACGGGAAAUACAUCUCAGGGCCAUAGUCGCAGGGCAGGAGGCUGGCAAACAGUCUUCUCCAAUGCCCAGUGGUGAGACUGGUUCCACCACACAAAGUAAACAAAACAAAUGUUUAAUGUUUCUAAAUAGAAAACAAAAGAUGUACUGCAGCUCACAAACUGAAGUAAAGUGAAAUGUAUUAUUACUGAAACUAAUUUACUAUUUACUUCCAAAAACUUUAUAAAUAAUUAAACACUUUCUGUCUUUGAUUAGCAAUAACUUUUAAACAACUUACAUUUGAAACUAAAAAGCAACAUUUAUUUUUCAGAGUGUCUGCAUUUAAAAACAUAUAUGAGAGGCACACAACAUUAAAUAUUCAUGAAAGCAUGAUUGGCUUAUUAGAGCAACACAUAAUGAAAAACCUGAUGGAAUACAGGACCCAAUAUUUAAGAUUCUGGUUUCCUUAUUUUUGAUUAUUGUUCCCAAUUGAUAGUUAAAUGGGGAACAAAAAUAAAGUACUGCAUUCAGAUGACAGAAAAAAAUGUAAGGUUUAAAAAAUUUAUUUAAAGUAAAAGUGCAUACAAACAUUACAAUAUAGCAACAUUUCAUUCCCCAUCUAAUGCUGUAUCCCACUUUUUCUAUGCACUUUUACUUUGAACAACUGAUUGAUUCCAAUGCAAAUUCAAGCAACUUACAAAAAAUAGUGUAUCCUGAAAGAGAACUGUGAGCCCAUACAUUACAGUUUAACAAAUACCAAUGGGUAGAUAGAAUUAAUAUCAGCACAGAGUAUUCCUUACUAUAUUACUAAUGUUUAUAGAAAUUAACACUGGAUAUAAUUGUUGUCACUGUUGGUUAUUCUGAACUCUUCCAAAAUUACACUUUAAAGAGAAAUGUGUUUGUCUAAGUGAUUUUCUCCUACGACAUUAUGCACAUGUUAAAUAGAUUAUGGGCAGUCCUACAAAAUUUCAUAAAUGCAAUAUUUUGUAUUGCAGGUGUCUAUCAGUUUUCUUCUUUAGAAUCUGCAACUAUUGGAACCGAAAUAGGCAGAAUUAAAGCCAACGAUGCUGAUAUUGGUAAAAAUGCAGAGAUUGUAUACAGCAUUAUUGAUGGAGAUUCAGAACAUUUCUUCGAUAUAAUCACAAACAAGGAAACACAGGAUGGAAUCAUAAUGGUUAAAAAGGUCAUAUCUUUCAGAUUAUGUUCUGAUAUUUACUGUAAUAUAUACUGUAAGUUACCUGUAUAUGCUAUGAAUGAUAGCAAUUCGAUUGCUAUUGUUAUCAAGCACUGCUUUAAGAAUUAGAUAAAUGUUAACCUUUACAUUUUUUUAUUUAUUUUUUUACUACCUGCUUAAUACCGUUAUACUCAAAGUAAGAGUCAUCGGAUUAAACUAGUAUAGAUAACAAAUACACAUCAGGCUAAAGAUUAACAGUAAACAAUCGUGAAGGAGUUUCUUAGUAAAAAAAAUAAACAAAUCUCAAAACAAAAUGAUUUGAUGGAAUGGAAAGAAAAAUAAUUAUAACUGAAAAUGUAUCUUUAAAAGGUUUCUAAAGUCAGCAAGACCACUUCAUCUCAAUAAAGUGGCCUGGGAACAGUCGUCCUUUAGUUUUAACCCUGCAAUGUAAAAUAUUGCAGUUAUUUAGAGUUAAAUCCACCUCUAGUCGCUGUCAUACUGACAACCACUAGAGGCGCUUCUGUGGUACUGACCGAUUAAAACUUGAUCAUGUAAUGCAGAAGCCACCACAAGAAAGCAUUGAUUCAUUGCUUUCCUAUGUGGAAGCUUGAAUGCAUGCAAGUGGCUCGCCCCACUUGCUUAUCCAAUCCCAAAUACUCUUUUGUGAGGAGCAUUGGAUUGGACAAACUGUGUAAGUGGCCAUGCCUUUCCCAUGACAUUGCAGGAGGUGGAGAGAUCAGGCUCCAUUGGCAUUAGAAAAGGGUAAGGAAAUUAUCUAUUUUAUAAAUUAUAAAAUACACAUGGGUGCAGGAGGGAACCAAGGUAACUAAGGACAGGGACAUAGACGCAUUAGGAAUAUUGUUUUUUUUGUUUUGAAUAUUUUUAUUGUUCUCACAAUAUAAUCGCAUAUAGCAAACUGAUUCGUGAUAAAGCCGGUAAAUGCCCGCGCAGGGGCUUAAGCGUCAAUAUAUAAUGAUGCAUGCAUUUUGUCGCCUACGCAGAGGCGGAUUUGGUAUUGCCUUUGUUUUGAAUAUGUUGAUUGGUUCAUAACAUAGAUUCCAUUGCAAACGUAUUUGUGGUUAAGCGGUUCAUCGCCUACGCAGAGGCGUUGCUUUCGGUGUUUGGAUAACUCAGAGUAACCAUGCCCUACCAGAAUGUAAGAAUACUUAUGUUCUGCAGGAUUAGAUUUUUCACUUUCGUUAAACAAGUUUGGUGUUGUCGUGUGUUAGAGUUAUUGUCAUAUGUGUACUGCUGUGUUGGUGUCGAUUAGUGGCACAUGGCCAGCUACUAUGCAUCUUGGUGUAUUGAUACACCGAAGGAGGUGGAUGGGUAUAUUCGUGUAGUUGUCUUGCAUUGGCUGGUUCGUGUAAUGUCUAUGUGUUAGUGGGACUAUUUUGAAUAUUUGUAGUGCUGUCAUAGCACCCGUGUGGGUAACAUCUUCAUGAGUAGUGAGGCAGAGGUUGCCCAUGCAGGGGUGCCUGGUUGCAUGUCAUACAUUUGAUUGCAUUCCGUCGCCUUAUAUAGAGGCCGGGUUGUCAUUGCGUGCACCAUACCGCAGAAACACUCACAAUUUGUUACUCGCGUUUUGCAUCUGUAUGGCUUGCAAUGUUGCUAUAUUACUGUUGCGCCUGUGUAUAUUGUUGCGAGUGUUUCUGCCUAAUCUUAUUCUAUUUGUUCUGGCGCCUAUGCUUGCUUGCUACUUGCGCGUCUGGAUAUCUGUUGCUUUAUGCAGUUUGGUGUUUCCCGGUCGUGUGCGUCUAGGUGUGCCCUGCGUUUGUCCCUAUUCGUGUUCUAAUGCGUCGUCCCUGUUAUGUCUGGUUUUAAGGGCUUCGGUUGGGUGUGUGUCCGUGGCGUGGCCAACUCUUGGUUCCGUGUCUCCUAUGUGUGUUUUCCCUUUCUGUGCUGUCUGCGGUGUUGCCCCCCACUGCGUCUUGACUGUCUAUGGGUCUGUUGAGGGUUGAGUUUCUCGUGGCACUAGGUAUGGUUGCUUCUUUCUGGUAUUGUUGUCGGGCAGUCUCGCUAUGUGGGGGUGGCUAGGUAAGGCCUUUCGGUUUCAUUUUGCUACUGUGUCUGUCUUUCGAGGUGUGUUUCUGGGUUUAACUGGGGAUUGACAUGGGGGGGAGAGGGCGCUGGGGGGAUGGGUGUGUCCGUCCCCUACCGCCGUCGCCGUCCGCCACCCUUCUCUGCCUCCCGCUCCGUCCCCAGCCCCAGCCCCCUCCGUCUCAUCAUUUUUGGUUACCGUGUGGCCAGGCGGCGUUGAAAGUCGUUCGAUGCGGUUAAUCGUAGCCAGUGAAACCAGCGUUUGGUAUAUCGGUCUCUAAGUUUCGGCGUGUUUGCCUUUAUAUCUUCAAAUUUCCUAGUGCUUUCCACCUCCUCUAGCCAUCGUGUUAUCGGGGGUGCGGUCGCCUGCUUCCAGUAGAUGGGGAUGACUGUUUUGGCUGCGUUCAGCAACCGCGGUAUCACUGAUCUGGUGUAAGGCUGCGCGGUCAUGUUGGUGUGGUGGAGGAGAAAGGCGGCCGGGGACCCCGGGAGUGUCUCGUCUGUUACUUCGUGUAUUAUAUCCCUAAUUGUGUCCCAAAAGGGCCGGAGUCUUGCACAUGCCCACCAGAUAUGCAGAAACGUGCCUGUUUCUUCCCCGCAUCUCCAGCAUGUGUCUGGUAUGUCCGGGUUCCUGACGUGCAGUGCUGUCGGCGUCAGAUACCAUCUGGUGAAUAUCUUGUAGGAGUUUUCUUGCAGGCGUGCUGAGCUGGGAGUUUUUUGUAUGAGAGUGAUGCACUUGUCCCAGUCCGCUUCCGACAGGGUCUCAUCUAGGUCUUCUUCCCAGUUUCUUAUGCAAGGCGGUGCCAAUAAAUACCUACAAGUGACCAAUAUCGUGUAUAUCUGUGAGAUAGCUCAGGGUGUUUCUGUGGUCUGCGUGCACAGGUUCUCAAAUUGGGUAGUUUCCCUAAGUAGGGAUGGUUUUUGCGGGAUGGAACGUGCAUAUUGGGAGAUUUGCCCUCUCGCUAGUGUGUGUGAAAAAGUGUGUGAUCUGUCCGGGAAGAGUUCUGUUAACGGCCGAAUGCCGAACGGGUGCACCAGGACGUCUGUCAUGCGAGGAAUUGUUGGGUGUCCUGCUGGGCCCGGUGUGGGGCCAAGGUCGCCUGCUGGGAAGUCCGGGUUGCCUCUCAGUGGCAGCAGUGGGCCUGGAUCCGUCGUCAAGUAGUGUUUUGUGCCCUGCCUCUGCCAGAUCCUCAUGGUUGCCGCCACAAAGGGGUUAGUGAUGCGUUUGCGUCUGUACGCCGCCGCGGAUAUCCAAGGUAGUGUACUGAGGUCGCAGUUGGUGGUGUCGGAUUCCAGUUGGGUCCAUGGUUUUGUGCCGCUGGCUACCGUCCAGCUUAUGACUCGUGUAAGAUGUGCUGCGUGAUAGUAUCGUUCGAAGUCGGGGAGCGCUAGACCUCCUCGGAGUUUGGGUAGAAUGAGCUGGGUAUAUGCUAUGCGUGGGGGUCUGCCCUUCCAUAUAAACGUGCGGACCUCUGCCUUUAACGUCUUGAAGAAUGUUUGUGGGGAGGAAUAUUGUUUUUUUAUUCCUAAUAUUUUAGUCUUUCUUUAAUGAUCAAACCCCCGCUUUUUUUUUUUUUCAAACCCCCUUUUAAGUCAGACAUUUCAUAAUUUGGAUUGUAAAAUUAAACUGGGAUUAUUCACUGAGAAUUGCUGUAUGAUUCCAAGAUUAAAAGGGACUUGGCCGCUAUAUAGUAAUACAAAAAAGCCUUAAUGAAUAAUGCUAUUGUGACCUACAAUCCAAAAGUAUUGUUUAGUAAAUAGUGAAUAUUCAAUAACUAUAAAAUAAAGUGUCUUCAUAAAUUUGCAAUUGAAAUUGACAUAGUAACCAUGUGAGUGUCAUAGAGGUGCCUGCCACAUUGGUGCACAGUUCACCAGUUAUGCAUAUUGCUCUCAAAGGAUUUAAAGUGACUUUCUGAUUGUUAGUAUUACAUUACUUAUUCACUAACAUUUUUUUUUUUUUUUUACAUAUGAAAUAAUGCUACUAUAUUCUACUAAAUCUUACAGCAGUGAUACAGAUUUGUUUAUUAGUGUAUUUAUAUAGUGUAUAUAUAAUAAAUAUGAACAUUAUAUUUAAAAUAAACAAAGCUAUAAAGCACAAGCAAGCAUAAAAAUAAAUGUACCAGAAAAAAAAAAUUGGCUUAUUUGAAGAAUAUCCUACUUAAUUCAACACUCCAAGCACUAUAACUACAUUAAGCUGUUUUUACAAUUGUGCAAGGGGUGCCCUGGCACUGUAGCAGGCUGUAGUGUGUGUGGUGCUUGGAGUUUUUCUUUAAAGUGAUAAUGUCCUUUAUAUAUAUAUAUAUAUAUAUAUACACACAACAAUAAAUAUUCCUUGCACUCACGCUCGAUAGUCCUUCUGUUGUAGAGGAAUCAUGUAUACUGCCGGGUGCCAGUCCUAUUGGGGAUACAGAUACACUCCAAAAACGUUUGAAAGUAUAGGCUGCACUCUCGGUCUUGUGAAUAAAUUAAAUAUGCUUUUUAUUCCAUGAAAAAGUGAUCGACGUUUUGGUCCACGCAGGGACCUUCCUCAUAUAUAUUACAAUAUUACAUACUGAUAUGUCAAUUGUAUGUUUUUGAAUUAUUAAAUAUGGAUCUUGUCUAAGUGACAUAAGGCAUGAGGCUUACACAGUAAUCUUCUUGUUUUUUUUAUCUUUUCAUGAAUUAUGUUAUGGGAUUUACACGCAUUUAAUUAAACACUUUUUUACAUUUUACCCACAGUUGUUGGAUUUUGAAGUUCGUGGAAUAUACACUUUUCAGGUUGAAGCAACCAAUUCUUAUGUAGAGCCACGUUUUUUCCACCUCGGACCAUUCAAAGAUACAGCUAUUGUGAAAAUAUUACUUCAGGAUGUUGAUGAAGCCCCUAUCUUUAGUAGGCAUUUUUAUAUAAUCGAAGUAGAUGAAGAUGCAAAGGAAGGAAAUAUCAUUGGUCAGGUUUCAGCUCAAGAUCCUGAUUCAGCAAAGAGCCCAGUCCAGUAAGUCUUGUACUGAAAUAGAGUUAAAAAGAUAUCCAUGUUUGUAUAGCUAUUCAUUUUAUAAUAUAUCAAAACAAUAUAUAGAUGUUGGCACUCAGCUGAUUAUUGAUGCUGGUAUUACGGUAACACGCCACAGAAAUACCUCCAAAUUACAAAAGAAAAAUAAAUAAUUAUGCCGCACACAAGAAUUACUGCAAAAUGAUUUUUAUUACUCAGUAUAAGAUGUUAGAAUUUCUAGAGGUUCUAAAGAAAAAGCUAAAUUACAAACACAUGUAAUUAUAAAGCCAGUAACCUGCAUGCCUAGACAUGAGAAUCCAUCACAAAUGUAAGAAAGUGUGUAAAAGUGAGAAAUAAUUUGGAGAAAUAAGGUGGACAAUUAUAUACAAAAUGUACAAACACACAUGUUUAUUUAUCAUUACUGUAUAUGUAUACAUUACUAAAAAAAAGACCCAGAAUGUGAGUAUCUAUAAACCCUAUAUAAACUUUAUAUACUGCAUAAAGCACACACAGUUAAUUACAAAAUACACAUAUGCUAAUCUUUGUAAUUUUAAUUCCCUUAUUCUCGAAGAAUAUAUAUAUUGUCCACUGAAUAUGCUGAUAAUUCUCCAGGUUGUAUUCCGAGUUGAUGAAGAAAUGAAAAGAAUGGAAAAAGAAAAUCACAAAUAAAAAACUUCAAAUAGCAGAUGUCAUAAACAAUGAAAACUUGAUUGCUAGCUUGCAAAAAUAGAUGAUACACUUCAAUAUAGGAGUAGCAUUAUACUGAAUGACUAACAUAUAAGGCAUACGUGGAUAUAUCCCUCCAAAAAUAAAUAAAAAAUAAUGGCCACAAAAAUGGUCAUUUAAUUAAAAGACUUAGAGAACUUUGUGGCUUAGAUCUCACCCAGUAUGUGGUAACCACGGCUGUUAUGGAGUUGAAGACUUAUGGUAAAUGAGUGAACCUCCUUGAAUCAGAAGAAAUCUAGACUGGUGCUCUGUUCAUUCCUCCAUGGGGAUUCACCCUGUGAAGAAAUAGAGACAUCCAGAGCACACAGCCCCGGUCUGCACCCUCACAAGAAUUCCCCUGGAGAAACAAAAACUUCAGUUCUGUGUAAUACUUUAUCCAAAAACAUUUAAACUCAAAAAUUCUGAUUUUAGGGUGACAUUGGAUUUUUACUAAAAUAAAUUAUUAAAAAUGAAAGUAUGCAUAUUCAACAUACCUGCCCUGGAUGCUUCAAGACCAUAGCUUAAAAAUGUCCCUGGUGGCAGUUGGCCUCUGGAUGUAAAAAAAGCAAAGUAAAUAAUAUUUUUCUCUGAAUAAAAGUCAGACUCUGGAUAAGGAUCUUUAGUCAAGCUGGAUUCUUGUGAUCUCCAGCUUGACCAAUUAUCCUUAACCAGAGUAUGCAAAUGCAACAAUAUUUUACAAUAGUAAAAUAUAAAGCACUCAAACUACUUCAAAAUAAGGAGACAAAGUAAUAUUAAAGUGUUUAAAAAUUCCAGUUAGCACUGUUGGGACAAUUAUUUCUAAAUGAAGACUGCAUCAUACCACCCAAACACUGCCUGGAAAAGUCUGUCCUCAAAAACAAUCAAAUAUGAGACUGAGAAUGAGAAUUAUGAGACUCCAAAAAGAAACCAAUAGUCACUUUAAAUGAGCUACAGAGGUCAGUAGAAUAGACUGGAGUAAAGUUGCACAAAUUAACAAUUACAAGAGCUCUGUAUCAAACUCCAUGACUCAAAACACACUAUAUGAAAGCAUGACUGGUAUAUGCUAAAUAUACUAGACUGACUCGGCUAAAGUAUGGAAAAAGGUUUUGUGAUGAUACCGAGAAGAUUUUCUUGGGCACUAUUCAAACCAGUACGAAAAGCCUAAUUCCAUAUCUGAACAUGCACUAUCCCUGAUAGAAGUGUGGACAAAAUAUAUGCCGCUGGGGAGCAACCUUUGGAGUUAAAACAUCAUGAAUGAUUUAACCCCUUCAAGUAAUAAAGUGCCAGGAACAUUUGGGCAAUUUCAAUGAGGUUGUUAUGGUGCCAAUACAGUUCCUUUAAUAUAUAUCCUGACAAAUUGAUGCAUAUAGAAGAAAAAAUGCAUUGGUGGUAUUACUUUGUAUCAACCCUGAUUAUAUAUAAAACAUGACCUCUUAGAAGAGCAAUACAUAACAAAUAUUUUUUUUAUUUUUUUUGCUGUAACUCAAAUUAUAAUUUUGAGCUGUGCUUAUAAUUUAUAUUCACGUGUACUGCAUUUUUGACGUGUUUUUGUUUUUUGCUUUCAUCUAUAUUUGUUUUGCUAUCCUAUCUAUUUCUUUUUAAAUAUCAUACUUGUAUAGAACACGUUCUUUUGUUUGAAAUAUGAUUGGAUCUCUUCUAAUAUGGAAAUUGUUUUAAAUUUAUAUAUUUUAGUGAACUGUUGUCAAAAUAUUUGUUGAAUUAUUUUUUUUAUGUAUAAAGCAACAUUAAAUAAUGUAUAAAAAAUAUAUUUUUUUCAAAAAUGUACAGAGUUAAUAACUGGUACAAUAUUGUCUUUAAAUGCACUGACUGUCUCUGAAAAAUAUUUAAAAUCCUCUUUGGCAAUCAAACGGGAAAACAAUGUUGUAAUAAACAUAAUCUUGAAAUGUAAAGAAUUUUUUGUCUUGCAUUACAGCAAAAGAAUGCUAAAUGCAAAUCAUGUACCAUUCCACCAACCUGCUAAUAACUGUAUGUACAUUUUAGUAUAUUGUCGUAAAUCGAAUUAAUAUUUUUAAAUUAAAUAUGUGUAUUUUUUUAAUUGUGUUAUCAUUCAUAGAUAUAGCAUUGAUCGCAACACCGAUAUCGAAAGAAUAUUCAGUAUAUACUCAGGGAAUGGCUCUAUAUUUCUGUCUAAGUGUCUCGACCGUGAAGUCAGUCCAUGGCACAAUCUCACAAUAACUGCAACAGAAAUAAGUGAGUUAAUUUGAUUUCUGGGAAUAUUACAUGUUGAAUAAAUAUUUGAAGGGAACUGCCACUUCUUUUUUACAUUUAAAUAUUGUUUUUCCUUAUGUAUUAUAUUUCAAAAUUUAUAUUUAUGAGGUCUGAAAAUGAAAAAUGUGUAAAUCCAAAGAGGCCUUUCCAUCAGCUUAGAAAGAGCACAGAAAAAGGAGCAAAAUCGGGAUAAAAUUAGGGAGAUUUAACAAAGGGGCAAAACAAGUGUUGUGGUGAUUUUGUACUUUUAUUUAAUAUUUCAUUUUUUUUUCAUCUGUUGUUUCCUUUGCAACUUAACCAUUGUUUUUGUAUAUAUACCAUUACUGAUAAACAAGUUCAUCUUAAUAAAGCACAAGAAUAUACAAUCUCUAAAUAUGUGUUAGAUACACUAUAUAAGCAUUUGAAAAAUAGGCCUUUUAUUCUUUCAUUACCACAUCCUGCCUUUAUUCUAUGAAAAAUAAUAAAAUAACAAAAUGUGAAAUCCCUGAUUAUACUUUUUUAAUUAAAAAUGUAUAUAAAGUGGCAUAAAAAAAAUAUACUGACAACCCACUUAUUUGAAAUAAUAUUUACCUUUAUUUUCUUACUGUAAUCUACUGUAACACAAACCUGCCUCCACCUAUAUGUAGCAUUGCUCUUUUUGUUACUUUCUGUCAGCUACUUUUGAUUCAUCCAUAGUAAUAGUAGUAGUAAGAAGGAUACAUUUAUUAACAUGAUCAGUUGCACUAUCUGGCCAUUCAAACAUGAUUAUAUAAAGACCUAGCUAACAGCCUUUCUCACCUCUGUAAAUAUGUAUCUAUAGUAGAAGCAUCAUCAUCAUGAUUGUAUCACUAAAAUUAUAUAGCAUUUGGUGUAUUAUUGGUGUAGUAAAGUCCUUUUAAAUGUAAUAUUUCUGAUAAUAUUUAUAUUUGCAUUGCAUCAGUAACAUAUACAUUAUUAUAUCAAAUAAAAAGCCAAAGUUUCUCAAUGAGACAUGCAAUAUCUUGAUAUAGUUUACAUUUUAGUUAGCUGUAACCGCAACAAAUAGGCACAUGAUGACCAAGUUCCAUUUAUAAUAUUUAGAAAGCAGUGUUCCUAUAGUCAAUAUAGUCACCAGAACUACUAUAGCUUAAUGUAGUUGUUUUGAUGUGUAUAGGAUGCCCCUGCAGGCUUUCCUUUUAAUGUGAAGGCCAGCCUUUGGCAGAUACAGCUCAAAUUGUAAUCACUUUACGUAUUCCCCAGGUACCACUGAGCCUAAUUUACCCUUCUUUGUUUGGCAGCCUGUGACUACCCUUUACAUAUCAGUUAAGGCUUUUUCCCCUCGGGUAUUAUUGUACUUAUUUACAUUUUUGUGGAUUAAUUAAUCUGUAACUCAUAUUUUUCAAUAAAUGUUGCUUUAUUAUUCACUGCCUUCCCCUUCUGAAGUGCCUAAGUACACUUCAGGUAUUUCCUGUUAUGGUGCUAUAAGUGGUUAUUGUAGUAGGGUUAUCCCCUUUAUUCAUGGAAAUACAGUUACCGGCACCCAUCAGCUUUCCCUUGUGGAUUUUUACUCUGGGUGCAGAAAGAUCUGGUUUUUACUAUUGACUAUUUUUUUAAUGUGAACACUGCCUUUUCAGAGAACACCUGCCUAGAAACUCCUCUAGUGGCAGUCAUGGCCAAUAGAGAUGCUUCCUGGGUCAGUGCUGCACAUUGUGCCAUGCUGACAUCCAGCAUUAUCGCACUCUGCAUGUUGGUGCUGAACGUUCCUCAUAGAGAUGCAUUGAUUUAAUGAUAUAUUCAUAUAGUUUAUACACACACGCUAUAAAUAUAUUACCCUACAGAUAAUUAGCCUGAGUAAUUUAUGAAUAUACACUAUAUGAACGAAAGUAUCAGGACACCUGACAAUUACACCAACAGUUAUGCAGAAUAAAUAACGGUUCAGGCACUCUGGGAUAACAAAAAAAUAACAGCUUUAUUGGGGCAAAAACAGCAAUUUUUUUUUUAUCAAACCCUGGCUUCAGAGCACCUAGGUUACUUGGUGAGUGCGAUAUUUAGUACGUCUCUACUUUUAUGAUAUAUAUAUAUAUAUUUUUUUUUAAUCAAUAAUCUUUAUUAUGUUUUUUCUUUUUAUAAAGAGACAUAUAUAAACGAAUACAAAAAGCAUAUUUCCUAUGUAAUAUCUUGUACAUAGGAAACUAAAGUUCCUAUUAUCCUGUAUACAAUACAUAUUCUGAAAGGAUUCUCGCAUAUAACAAAACAAACUUUCAAUGCUAAGUCAUUGGGAGGAAGAUCAGAUACCAUAGCUUAAAAACCAAAACUUACUAUUACUAUUAGUCAUUUGAGUAGAAACAAUAUAAAGAUAGCUCAGAUUACAAAUUUUUCAAUUGGUUUAUCCAGCUCUGAAUAUAAGUGCUAUAUAGUUUAGACUUCUUAUUCAACCAUUUUAGUCCCCCUUCCAUACUACACUGGAAUAAAAUUUGGUUCUUAAGAUUUAGCCAGUUUAUAGACCCUCUUGAUUUCCAGUGUCAUGCUAGAAGAAGUUGUGUGGCUACAAAAAAUGAGUGGACAUCAAAGCAUUUUUUGGAGAUAACUUGGGCCAAUUAAGAUGUAGGAUCCCUGUUUCCAGUUUUUGCUCUAUCUUGAAACUCCCCAAUAUCUGAAGUUUAUCAAAUGUUAUUUUCCAUAAAUUAGCCGCAAUUUUGCAGCUCCACCACAUAUGGAGAUACUCUCCCCCCUCAGUAUCACAUCUCCAACACAAACAAUUAGAAGAAAAUGUAUUUACUAAAGAAUGAUCCAAGUACCAGAAAUGAAUCACUUUGUAUUGAUUUUCAAGUAUAUCAGUACAAUGGAUAUCACUGUUAUAGUUUUUUAUGGCAGUUAGCCACUCUUCUUUAUUUAAAUCUAUGUCAAGUAGUUUAUUCAAUUUUUCUAUGUUCUUACGAACAUCUCCUUGUUCUAUAAAGGAAAUUAAAAGAUAGGCUGUUGACAUAACUUUAGAUACUAAUUUCUCACAAAAUAUCUUUUUUAAAAGGCACAAUUUGUGUUUGUCGCCACUUCUUAAGAAGGUAAAAGUUUCCUUAGUAGGUAGAUUAUAUUGUAGGUUUAACUCAGAAAAGGAUUUCAGUGUUCCAUUAGUGUAAAGGUCAGCCACCUUAAGAAUACCAGAUUUAAUCCAUUUAUCUAUGGCUAGAUGUGGAAUGCUUUUUGCUAUAACACCGAUACCAUUAGUAUCAAUUAUUUUAUCCUGCACUUCUAGUUUUUUCUUUAAUUGGGCCCAGACCUUAAAAAGUUGACUUAAAAUAAAGCUUUUAUCACCACAAUCUCGACAUUUAUAGCUUUGAAUCUCCCAAAUGCAACUAGUAAGAUCCCAUUGUUGAGUCAGAUGUGAAUCAAUUUUAAAUCAACUUUCUUUGCAUAUCUGCGGAGUCUGUAUUAGAUAGAUGUGGCCAAUCAUGUUAGCUAAAUAAUAGUUUUGCAAGAUUGGCAUGCCUAAACCUCCAUAUUUCACUUGUAAUGCCAUCCUCUUAAUAUUAAUGCGAGGCCUUUUGCCUUGUAAUUAUCCUAUUUUUAGUUAAAUCCCCCCUCUAAUAAUAUUGUAAAGCGCUACAGAAUCUGUUGGCGCUAUAUAAAUGGCAAUAUUAAUUAUAAUAAGUAUAUAUAUACACAUACAUACACAUACACUGUCUAAGUGUAUUUUAAUAUUAAUAAAUAAAAUUAUAUAUUAAUAUCAAAAUACACGUAGAAUUAUAUUAAUUAUAUAUAUAUAUAAUAUAAAAUAAAUAUGUAAAUACGUAAAAAAAAUAAUAAAUAAAUAAAAAAUAUAUAUGUGUAAUUUCGUUCUAACUGUAUUUUAAAAUUAAUAUAUAUAUAUUGAUAUCAAAAUAGACCUAUAACAAAAUAAUAUAUAUAUUGUGACGAAAUCCCUAUUUAUGCACCUUAGUUCCCCUUUAUUCAUUCGUUAGAUCUAACUACCAAACAAAGAUCACCCCCCUGGCUCAUUAAGCUUCAAAGCAGUAUUCAUCAAUUGACCCCUCUAUCUGUGCGGCCAGCGUUCGUACUACCUAAUGCCACGUGGCUGAGAAAACCGCGGCCAUAUUUUUUUCAGCCGAACAAAGGCAGCGGGACUUGGUCGUCGAGUGUCUGGAACUAAAAUCGGACACAUGACUUCCCGAACUUCUGUCUCCAACAGCGAACAUUGGAACUAUAUUUCCCGAAUAGCUAGAAGAGCCAUAUUCGGUAAUUUUGUGCAUUCGACUGAGGGGAACAAUCGCUGCUGAGAGCCAGGGGAAUCCAUUCGGUAUUUUAUUUGUUUUUUUCCCCUUUAUUGAAGUGACCGGCAAAACCACCCAAACUCAUGGAACUAUUUUGGGCAGCCAGCCCACGGUUAGCCAGUCACAGAAGACUUCCACCUUUUUUGAGAACCCCUGAACCGAUCUGGGUGAAAUUUGAAUAUGUUGGUCACCCAGAUCAGGGCUAUCAGGGGACAUAUUAUUUUUGGGGAUACCUCAUGUAUAAAGGGGUGUUCCAAAUAUUGGGGAAAAUUGUGAUUUUUCUGCCUGGAGAUAAUCAAGUUUUUACUUUAUCAGACUUGAUUAUCUCCAGGACUAGGGGAGGGAAUUGUAUGUGUGUACUGGGUGUGUUUUAUGCUUUUACUGUGCCAGAUUGGUUAAACUCUGUCCCUCCCCUGUGGGAUGUCCCCUUGCAUGGGGACUUGCAUAAAAGCCUGUGUGUAAUCAUUAAAGCUCAGUUCAGUUGUACCCUUCUUCUUGACUUCGGCUGAUGUUUGGGGAUUCAUGUGUUUUACUAAGGGAAUUAUCUUAUGAAGCUAUUUGGAUUACUAUACAGUUCGUCUAUUUCAUCUACCGAACGGAGAGCUAUAUUCACUGAUGCUCUGGCGGUUCGGGAGGAAACUACCGAAUGAGGAUUACAUAUAUCAGGUUUCCUUACAUAUAUCUAUAUACAUAAGUAUAUACAUAUAUCACUAUAUAUAUAUAUACCAUACCAUAUAUAUAUAAAUAAAAAUAAUUGAAAAAAAUAUAUACAUAUAUAUUUGUGUACAUAUAUAUAUAUAUAUAUAUAUAUAUAUAUAUAUUUAUAUACACGUAUAGAUAUAAUAAUUCUACAUAUAUAUUUAUGUAAUAAUUUUACAUAAAUAGGUCAUUUUAUUAAUUACAAUUUGCGGGACCUGCCUGACAACCCAGGCUGAAAGUCCAGGGAAUUUAAUUUGCUAGCACUAUAUUUAACCCUGUAACUUUCCAAGACACCAUAAAAUCUGUACAUAGGGGGUACUGUUUUACUCGGAAGACUUUGCUGAAAACAAAUAUUAGUGUUUCGAAACAGUAAAAUGUAUUAAAACAAGAAAUGAUAAAUAGUGGGGGGUGCAAAUAUACAAAACAAAUAUAAAAUGUAUACUUAUAAGUGUGAAGCCUCCUGAUCUUUCUGAAAAGGUAACAUAAACAUGCUCAUAGCAUAAUACUGUUACUUCAACCAAUAUAGAUCUUAUUACAGAGGUAAUGGCUCACACUUUCCAUAGCCACAACAAGCAGGCUCUGGCUUAGAUGGCAGGUGAAUAAUAAGCUUAUUCCGGCUGUAGGAUUCACUUGUAGUGAUGUCUCCUUUCUGGUACCCCAGGAAGUAUCACAACAUCCACAAAUAGUGGAAAAUAAAAUAAACUUUACUUGUACUGGAUACAAAUUAACUGGAUACAAACUGGAUAAAAAGUACAUGGGAAAAAUACAGCAUAAGCCAAAAGAAAAAAAAGAGUCCACAUACACUGACGCGUUUCGACCGAAGUAGGUCUUUUUCAAAGUAUAACAGUACCCCUCAUGUACAGUUUUAAUGGAGUUUUCAAAAGUUACAGAGUCAAAUAUAAGACUUGCGUUUCAUUUUUUCACUUUGAAAUUCGCCAGAUUGGCUAUGUUGCCUUCGAGACUGUAUGGUAGCCCAGGAAUGAAAAUUAGUUUUUUGCAUUUUUCACACACAAACACAUAUUAACACUAAUUUGGCCAUUGUUUGUGACCAAGUGGCUACUAAAAAAGACUGGACAUACCCCAUUUACAAUACCUUGGGUUCUCUACUAUUGCAAAUGGUAUGCCAUCAUGGGGGCAUUUCUCAUUCCUGGGCUACCAUAUGGUCUCAAAGGCAACAUAACCAAUCGGGCGAAUUUCAAUGUGAAAAAUCAGAAAAAUUUAACAUUCUAUAUUUGACCCUGUAACUUCCCAAAACACCAUAAAACCUGUACAUAGGGGGUACUGUUUUACAUGUGAAUACAAAUAUGUGUAUUUUAUUGCAGUAAAAGCAAACAGUAUUAUGACAUUCACAGUUAAAAUGUCAUGUCAGCUAAAACAAUUUUAAAAAUUCUUAUUUUCUCCCAUUUUAUUAUAUUUUAUUCAUAUUAAAUUAUGUUUCAUACCUAAAUAUUUAAUGUUAAAACAAAGCCCUGUUUCCCCUUAAUAAAAUGUUAUAUAAUAAGUGUGGGUGCAUUUAAUAUGAAAGAGGUGAAUUACAGUUGGACAGACAUAUGGCUCAUAUGCCAGGUUUUGUUUACAUUUUGUUUUGAUCACAAUGUGUACAUUUGGGGUUAAAGGGUGUGUAGCGGUUGGCAUUGGGCUGUCCUCAAAAUUAUGUGUAUUCGUAUGCUUUCGGUUAAUUUUUGCCAUAUGUAUGUAAAGUGUAUGCAGCAUUCUCCUGACUGUUCGGUAAAAUCAGUUCAGUUAUUAUGCGAGUGAAACAACAAUCAGACCACCCCAGGAAUAAGUGUGCCUCCAAUUACCGUUCGCAAUAAUGUUGCAAACGGGUAAUUGGCAAUUGGUGCAGUGUGUGCUUUGUCCUCUGGGUGGCCGCCAUUCGGGAGACGAACACGUUGAGGUGGCCAUCUUAAACUCCUGAACAGCGGUGUUUUGCCGUCGAGUGUCUGGAACCCAAAUCGGACAGUCGGAUAAGCAAAGACCGCUGAGACCUCCGCACUGCCGUCACUUCGUGUAGAAACUACCGAAUGGCUCCCCGUUCGGUAGAAAGAACCCCACAAACAAGGGGGUUUAUCUGAAUCCUCCCCAGUCUCCAUAACCCAAGCUGUUUGUGCAUUUUGUUCCCUUUUCCUGUGACCGACCGCAGGGCCAAAAUGUAUGGAACCCAUUUUGGCUGUUAACCCAAGCGAAGUCGGUCUUUUUACUACCUCCAGGAAUUUCCCGAACCCCUGGUCCGAUCUGGUUUAUUUUUGAAUAUGGUCUCUCACCCAGAUCAGGGCUACCAGGGAAUGUAAUAUUUAAAGGGGUACCCCUAUUUUUAGGGGUACAUUCAGAAAACCAGUGGAACUGUGUCCUGCAUAAUGGGAUUAUGAGUCUUACUUAGGGGAGGGGAUGUGUGGGUGGCAACUCAUGUAUGAUUGGUGUACUGUAUAAUUACUGUAAAUCCCUCCCUUGCAUGGGAGAAAGUUUUAAAAGAAGGUUGAGUGAUUAAAAGUUCAGUUCUGCUCCUGAUGCUGUGUGUCGUCCAGUCAUUGGGAUUUAUAUUGGGAUAUUAUUGGAUUGACUUGCCUGCUGUAAUUAUUGCCUUAUGGAUUUUUAAUAUUUGUUCCUGAGCCUCACUGGAAUCUUGAGUGGAGAUAACCUGUGGAAUACCAGCUCUCCGCUACAGGGUGGUUGUGAAUUGUUUCUGAAGAAUAUACUUUCUACUAAGUUAUUUUAAAGUGAUCAUUACAUCAGGGAAAAUUCUAUAUUAGUACUAUUCUUGUAGUCAGAUAUUUCAUUAAAAAAGAUAAAAAAAAAAUAUUCCAUCUCUUCCAAUAUCCCUGGCAGCCAUUUUCUUAAUUACCAUAUAUACAAUGAUUACAAGGAUUUCUUUUGGAGCCACAAAGAGGCCUUUUGGGAAUCGGAAAAAAAUGUCUAUGUCAUUCCCCUGCAAUACUAUUAAUUUAGUUGGGUAUCCCCAUUUAUACUUUAUCUGAUUGUUUCUCAGAAUAUUUGUUACUAUCCCAAAAGAUCUUCUUCCUGUUCCUUGUUCCUUGUUCCUUGUAUACCAAGACAGAUCUUGGAAUAUUUUAAGAUCUUGAUAAGCAUGAUUUGCCUCUGUCGCCAUUUUACAUCUAUAUUUAACCCCUUAAGGACCAAACUUCUGGAUUAAAAGGGAAUUAUGACAUGUCACACAUGUCAUGUGUCCUUAAGGGGUUAAACAUAACCUGUUCUUUAAACCAAUAAUGAUGGAAAAAUAUGAUGAUGUCUCCAGAGGCCGAUGUUGGUAUCCCCUUUGGUCUGGACAGGAGAUGAAAUCUAUCCAUUAUUUUCUUGUUUGGCUCAAAAGCCAUGCUUAUGUGCCGAAAAGAAUUAAACAGAUCUUCCUGUAGAUUUUCUCAUGUGACUUGUUUGUUAAUCCCUCUGAUACGGAUAUUAUUCCACCAACUGCGGUCUUCUAAAUCACAUAUUUUUUUGUUGCAUAUCACCAUAUUUAGUAAGUAAUAGAUCAUAUUGUGUUUGCAUCUUCCCUUGUUGGAAAUCCAAAUGUCCUAAGCCUUUCUUCAAUAUUUAUCAUUUUUUGGUUUAUUGCAGCAAUAUCUUUUUUUAAUCUAUUUAACAUUAAUUUGUAAUUCUAAGUAUUUUUUUUCAAGUAAAAGCUUUUGACUUUUUCCCAAGAUUUCAGAGAACAUUGCCUGUAUCUCAUUCACAGAGAGGGUAUUAUUUUCUCUAUCUUCAGCUUGGAUAAAUGAGGUACCUUCACUUAUUUCCUCCACGCUUGAAGAGUGUGGAGUAGAAAAUAAUUGACAACCUUUUUUCGGAUCUGAUAUCUUUGAUCUUUAUUUAAAUAUAUUUUAAUGGCACGACUUUCAGAAUUCUUUUUUGAGGCCAUUAUUCAAGGUUUCCUGUAUCCUAUAGGAGUCAAUUCAAAGUACCAAUUCAUACCUAUAAAUCAAUGAACUAGCCCCUCUUAUAACUCUUAACUGAUCCAUAGAUAUGCUCCUUCUCAGUCUCCUCUCUGCCCAUAACCUUCUACUGUCCACAGCUCCUACCCAUAUGGCAAGCUCACUCUUGCAGGACUUCUCUCAGGCGGCUCCCUUCCUAUGGCCUGCCAACCACCAUCAGACUCUUCCCUAGUCUUCAAUUGUUUAAGAAGUGCCUUAAAACGCAUCUCUUUAGGAAAGCAUAUGGCCUCCCAGAGUAAUCUCUACCGCACAUACCUGUCCCUUGCUCUCUUCUAAAGGACAGCACUAUAUUUUCUCCUCCAGCUCUGCUUCACUCCUACCUUAUUUGAUUGCUAUCUCCUGUCCUACUGUGUUUUAUACCUCACUUCCUUUAGACUGGAAGCUCAUUUGAGCAGGGUACUUUUCAAACUAUCGUAUCUGUAAGUUUUUUGUAAUUGUCCUAUUUAUUGUUAAAUCUCCCCCUCUUAUAAUAUUGUAAAGUGCUACAGAAUCUGUUGGCGCUAUAUAAAUGCUAUUAAUAAUAAUAAAAAUCUGUCAAACCCAGACUCGUCCAUCAGAUUGCAAAGCAAAGAAGCAUGUCUCACAGAGACAGGAGACGUAUCUGUAAUAUUGUUAAGCAAAUAAGUCAAUGGGACCUGAUGGAAUACACUCAAAGCUAUUAAAAGAGCUUAGUGGUGUACUAGCAAAACCAUUAACAGAUUUAUUUAACCAAUCAUUGUUAACAGGAGUAGUCCCAGAAGAUUGGAAGUUGUGCCCAUUUACAAGAAAGGUAAUAGGGAGGAGUCGGGGAACUAUAUGCCAGUAAGCCUUACUUCAGUAGUGGGGAAAGUGAUGGAAACCAUGUUAAAGGAUAGGAUUGCUGAACAUCUAAAAACACAUGGAUUUCAAGAUCAGAGACAACAUGGGUUUACUUCAGGGAGAUCAUGCCAAACUAAUCUUAUAGAUUUUUUUGAUUGGGUAACUAAAAUUAUAGAUCAGGGUGGUGCAGUAGACAUUGCUUACCUAGAUUUCAGUAAGGUUUUUGACACUGUUGCACAUAGAAGGCUUAUCAAUAAACUGCAAUCUUUAAGUUUGGAUUCCAAUAUUGUUGAAUGGGUAAGGCAGUGGCUGAGUGACAGGCAACAGAGGGUUGUAGUUAAUGGAAUAUAUUCAAAGCUUGGACUUGUCACCAGUGGGGUACCUCAGGAAUCUGUACUUGGACCCGUUCUCUUUAAUAUUUUUAUUAGUGAUAUUGCAGAAGGUCUUGAUGUUAAGGUACGUCUUUUUGCUGAUGAUACUAAGAUAUGUAACAGGGUUGAUGUUCCAGGAGGGAUAAGCCAAAUGGCAAAUGAUUUAGGUAAACUAGAAAAAUGGUCAGAAUUGUGGCAACUGACAUUUAAUGUGGAUAAGUGCAAGAUAAUGCAUCUUGGACGUAAAAACCCAAGGGCAGAGUACAGAAUAUUUGAUAGAGUUCUAACCUCAACAUAUGAGGAAAGGGAUUUAGGGGUGAUUAUUUCUGAUGACUUAAAGGUAGGCAGACAAUGUAAUAGAGCAGCAGGAAAUGCUAGCAGAAUGCUUGGUUGUAUAGGGAGAGGUAUUAGCAGUAGAAGAGGGAAGUGCUCAUGCCAUUGUACAGAACACUGGUGAGACCUCACUUGGAGUAUUGUACACAGUACUGGAGACUGUAUCUAUAGAAGGAUAUUGAUACCUUAGAGAGGGUUCAGAGAAGGGCUACUAAACUGGUUCAUGGAUUGCGGGAUAAAACUUACCAGGAAAGGUUAAAGGAUCUUCACAUGUAUAGCUUGGAGGAAAGACGAGACAGGGGGGAUAUGAUAGAAACAUUUUAAUAUAUAAAGGGAAUCAACACAGUAAAGGAGGAGACUAUAUUUAAAAGAAGAAAAACUACCACAACAAGAGGACAUAGUCUUAAAUUAGAGGGACAAAGGUUUAAAAAUAAUAUCAGGAAGUAUUACUUUACUGAGAGGGUAGUGGAUGCAUGGAAUAGCCUUCCAGCUGAAGUGGUAGAGGUUAACACAGUAAAGGAGUUUAAGCAUGCGUGGGAUAGGCAUAAGGCUAUCCUAACUAUAAGAUAAGGCUAGGACUAGGUGGGCCGAAUGGUUCUUAUCUGCCGUCACAUUCUAUGUUUCUAUGUUUCUCUGAUUUGCCACUCCACCAAACAUGUUUCCACUACUCCAAAGUCCAGUGGUGACAUGCUUUACACCACUUAAUCCAACACUUGGCAUUGUACUUUGUGAUGUAAGGCUUGCAUGCAGCCGCUCAACCAUGGAAACCCAUUCCAUGAAGCUGCACAGUUUGUGUGCUGAUAUUAAUGCCAGUAGAAGUUUGGAACUCUUCUGCUAUGGAAUGAGCAGAGCGUUGGUAACUUUUACAGAUUAUGCACCUUAGCACUCGGUGACCACGCUCUACGAAUUUACGUGGUCUUUUCCUUUGUGACUAAGUGUCUGAUGUUCCUAAAUGCUUCCACUUUCCAAUAAAACUACUUAUAGUUGAAUAUCUAGCAGGAAUGAAAUUUCAUGAACUGACUUAUUGCAAUCACAGUACCUUGCUUGAAUUCAGUGAUUCAUUAUUGUGUCCCAAUACUAGUAUCCAUAUAGUGUAUAUUGUAUUGAUAAAUAAAAUGGAAAAAAAAUGAAUUUGGCAUACACAGCAUAGGUUGAAAAAAUAGAAAACAUACACCAUAAUUAACUUUUCAGUAUAUUUUAUGGAAACAGAAGCAAUACAUAAAUGACACCAUGAAAAUUGAAUGUACACAAUUCUUUGAUUGAUUAGCCUUAACUUGCAUAAGUGAAUGGCUUACAGUUUUGUUGUUUCAUUCAACCACGAAUCUUUCUUGUAGAAUAAAAAUGAUUAAUGGAGGCUAGUGCUCUAAACUCUAAUUAGCGAGUUAGCUUGCAAAUAUUAUUUUGCAAAUGCAAAAAGAAUAAAGAUUUUUGUCCUUUAAGUUCUAAAAUGUAAACGAUCAUGAUAACAUGUUUUUUCUAUAUUUUCGACACCUUUAGAUGCACAUUGAAUUAAAAUAGCCAUAAAUUAAAAAAUAUAACACUAUAAAGUCAUAAUUUCUUAAAACAAGCAUAAUGCAUCAAUAUGUCAAGAAAUGAAUCAUGCACAGCAUCCAAUAUCUGAACCAUGUCAUAUUUAAAAAUUACAGGGAAAAAUACUGAACUCAUAACACUUAGAUUCUCCAGUCACUUUUAUUCAUUUCAUAUGCUUUAAGCUUUUUAUGCAUAUGAGAUGCAUACAAAUCCAUUUAAAUACAAUUUAUUUUCAUAAUUAAAUAUAAAGGUGUGCAUUGAGGCACCAUUGUGGGUUUGUGUUUGCCAAAUUUGUUUAAAUGAAGCACAAAAAAUACAAAUAGGUAGGUUCCAUUUUUUUCAAGACCAGUUGUUUUGUGGUCUCGAGAUUUUAUCAUCUUUUUCUCUUUCUUUCUACAGCCAGGAAAUUAUAUCUUUAUGAUACAUUUCCCGUGCUUUGACUCUUGAUGGGACUUAUAGGGGAGCUCUUAAUUCCCUGUAAUUUAUACCACCUCAUGAUGUGUUCUAUGUCCAUUUAAAUUUACUUUAAGGAAUUAGCAAAUCAUAAUCCAAUUCAUCUAAGCAAGGCCAAGGAAAAUAUUGCAAAUGAGGAGGAGAACUAGAGACACUGCUUAAUUUCUCCUAUUCUCUGUAUGCUUUAUCUGUGCUGAAUGCCAGUGACAAAGGACAUAAGAUAGGGGCACCCCAUUACAGGAUAAACAGGUGUGGACUAUUUUUCACACCUCACAAAAUCUAAGGAUAACUAUAAAUAGUAUUAAAAAUCAUGGAAAGUGACAGUUCCACUUUAUUGACAUUUGUCUCAUUUGUCAGAAAGCAGUGAAGAGCUUAAAUAUAAUGUAUCUUUUUAUUUUAUAAUUUUAAGAACUGAGUUAUUUUUCAAAUGCUUUUUUUAAAAUUUCAAAACACCUGGAGUUGAAAAUGUAACACCAAUGUCACCACACAUGCACUCAAAGAUCCUUCAGGACCUGACAUGCCAGCAGAAACCAAAUGGAUGUGGAGUCCAUCAACAUAAGUUACAGUUCUCCUUCUAUGCUCCCAAAUGUAGGAAUUAACAUUGAAACUAACCAAUAUGGAGUCAGCUUCUUGCUGUUAUCACUGAGUAGAAAUGGGAAGUUUGGGGAUGAGUUAAGUUGCUAAUGGAAGUAGGACCCGCAUUCAUUUUAAUAAUGUUGUAUUGCUAUAAUGUGCAUGUCAGCUCUUUUAAGGUGAUGCAUGCAUCCUGUCAUAGCCACUUCCACUAAGCUGGUUGGGACAUGUGGUAUCUACUGAGGUAUCAUGUUUGAAUGCGGCUGUCUCUUGAUGUCACAGUACUGACAUAGGCACUUGUUGUGCCCCCUUAACUAUGAUAACACAGGUAAAUCACAAUGGGUGCACCUUUGACAUCUACCCUAUGUAUAACCUCUCUUCUCUUCUGAAAGAUGUUCACUUGGCUUACUCACUAUUUUUCUGUCAGAUUCCCUUUUACCUGCUCCUAUGUACAAACUUGUGUGUUUCCUCCUCCAUUCCAUUUGAAUUAGCUUAUGUUUGUACAUUGCCCAUGCCACUGUAUUAGCCUUUUGUACUGUUCAACAAUGCGGCAAUCCAUCUCCCUUGAAGUCCUGUUGCUUCUCCAGACAGGAUUGUGCUCUUUUCUGGAUACUUAAAUUCAACCAAUAAACCCCUGUCAAUCUAUAAUAGAUAUACAAUAACAUAUCCUUAAGCAAUUGCUUUUAUAGCUACUAAACAGAUCCUGAGUGAAAUAUUACAAAAUCAAGGACACUGUAUACUGUCUAAAGCUGCUAGUUUCCGAAAUAUUUUUAAAAGGCUAAACGAAUAAGUUAAAAAUAAAAAAAAGUUAAAAUUUACAUAUUUUUUUUACAUUUGUCUGCAAAUCAAUCUUUACAUAAAUUGGAUUGUGAUAUGUUUACAUAUAGUUACAUAGCUGAAAAGAGACUUGCGUCUAUCAAGUUCAGUCUUCCUCACAUAUGUUUUUGCUGUUGAUCCAAAAGUAGGCAAAAAACCCAGUCUGAAGCGCCCCCAAUUUUGCAACAAACUAGGACAAAAUUCCUUCUUGACCCCAAAAUGGCAGUCAUAUAUCUCCUUGGAUCAAGCAGCUAUUAACCCACUAAUUAGAAAUUAUAUCCCUGUAUGUUAUGUUUUUGGAAGUAUUUAUCCAAUUGCUGUUUAAAUAUCUGUAUAGACUCUGAUAAAACAACCUCUUCAGGCAGAGAAUUCCAUAUCCUUAUAGUUCUUACUGUAAAAAAAAAAAACUUUUCUUUUCCUUAGAUUAAAUCUCAUUUCUUCCGCCUAAAUGCGUGACCUUGUGUCCUAUGCAGAGCCCUGUUUGUGAAUAGAUUUUCAGAUAAUGGUUUGUACUGGCCCCAAAUAUAUUUGUAUAAUGUUAUCAUAUCCCCUCUGAGGUGCCGUUUUUCCAAACUAAAGAGAUUUAAUUUUUUUAAACCUUUCUUCGUAACUAAAAUGCUCCAUUCCUUUUAUCAAUUUUGUAGCUUGUCUCUGCACUUUUUCUAGUGCCAUGAUAUCCUUUUUUAGAACAGGUGCCCAAAAUUAAACAGCAUAUUCAAGGUGUGGUCUUACCAGCGAUUUAUAAAGAGCCACUUUCUUUCUGUCUGAGUGUGUGACCUCUUGACUGUUGUAUGAUCCUGCUAAAGAACAGGUUAGCAGAUAGUGCUUUACACUGACCCUGUUUAUACUUGUAUAGCGCUAUCAUGUCAUCUCUGAGAUGCCUUUUUUCUAAAGAAAAGAAAUGCAGUUUAUCUAAUUUCUUCCCACCCCCAUUAUUUAUUUUGUAACUUGCCUCUGCACUUGUUCUUGUUCUGCAAUCCCCCUCCUUAAAACUUGUGCCAAAAAUGUCACUGCAUAUUCACUAUAAAAAUCAUACCAUUUAUUUUAUAAAAGCAGAAGUGGCCAUGGAGGCUGGAGUAACACUUUAAUAUAUGCAUUUAAUAACUUUACUCAUUUAAUAACUUUACCUUAGAGUUGUUUUAGUAAACUGUGUAGAAUACUAGUAAAGAUUAUGUUUAUAGAGUCCCUCACAUUUUAAAAGUAAAUUUGUGUAAAAGAGGCGUUAUUGGAAGUAUCCUUGGCUAUUACAUGUUUAAAUUUACCCUUUAUCAUUUGCCUCAAUCUCCCAUUAACAACGAGGACAGUAGUUAUUGUUUUGCAAAAAUUGUUGGAACAGCCCGUUUACACUGGAUUCACACACAAAAAGAAAAGUGCAUUUUUAUAUUCUUGUUCAUUUAUACAGCUUAAUAACAUGUAACAUAUAAUCUUGGUUCACAUGAUAUUCAGAAAUAUUUAAGUAUAUAUUCUUAACAUCUUGCUAAUAUCUCACUUUAAAAUGAUCCAUUAAUCCACAUGCAUUUGUUAAUACACAUAAAAAAAUGGAUACUUUGCAAAGGCAUCUAAUUCUUUUAAAUAUUUGAAUGAGGUUGUAUUUUAAGUGUUUUGUCCUGAACAUCACAUUGUGUGGGAUACAAGUUAUGCUGUAGAAAACUAACUUUUUUUUUGUUCUUGUUGUUUAGAAAACCCCAAACAAAUCAACCAUGUUCAAGUAUAUAUUAAGAUUCUGGAUAUAAAUGAUCACCCACCAGAAUUUGAUAAAUAUUAUGACACUUUUGUAUGUGAAAAUGCAAAACCAGGCCAGGUGAGUAAAAUUAUUGAAGCCUUGUAUACUGUCUUGAUUUACAACAUAAACAUAGAAUGUAGUUUUUAGAAAAAAAAAAUGAGUACCCUAUUUAUUUUUAGAUUAAUUCUUAUUCUUAGAUUUCAUAUCAAUUCAAUAUAAGUUGUUUUGGUCCUUUACAUUUCAGAAGGUUGUCAACAUGCACCAAGAGUGUGUGGGAUGCGAUCCUCAGUCUUCACACACAGACCCAAAGUUCAACAUACAAAUAAUAGACUCACAACACUGACAAUAAUUCUUUUAAAAAGACGUUUUGUUAUUCCAUCAUCAAGUGGACCUUCAACUUGACCCUACUAAUCUUUAUCCUUUUAUGCAUUAAAGGGUCAGGUAGCUUGAAUAGGCCUAUAUCCCAUUCUUUUUAUAGUCUCUCCAGUGACAGUGAAUUAUUGCAUGUUUUAAUGUUUGCUCCACAAGGAGCACUGAGUUUAUUAUGAAAAUAUGUUCUAUGCACAUGGACACUAUGCUUGCUAACUCAUGAGGACUGUGGGAAACCUAAAUAAACUCCAUAAACUCCAUGACUUUUACAGAGCAGAUUCAGAGCAGACAUGCAUCUUUCUCCCAAACAAAUAGUAGAUACAAAUCAAAACAAGUGUACACAUCAUAGAGAUCAUUGAAAGCUUUAAGAUUUGUUAAUCGCAAGGGUACCACAUAUCAAUUUUUACUGUUAAAGUAUUAUUUAAUUUUUAUUUCAAGAUCUUUAUGUUGUAGCACUAUUAAACUAUGACCCAUACAUUUCUAUCUACUUAAUCUCAUUCCCAGAGUAUACCUCACAAGAUAUACAUAUGUGAUUUGUGGUAAUUUGUUGCGUUGGUAUAUAUUGCUGGUUACAUUUAUGCAUCCAUAGAUGUGCUUUGCUUCCCACAUUUGUUAAGACUGGCUCUUUGAUAUGUCCAGCUUCCAUUUUUCACAGUUUUCAUCAACAACAAUACCAGUUUAGUGAAGGUUGGUAUCUGUGUUGGAAUGUAUUUUUUGUGGGAAAACUGAAUUGAUGUUCUUGUUUCUUAGUUUGUUAGUGGCUGGCCCAAGCAUUUUGGGAAAAAAAUCAUUGUUUGAGCUAAAAUAUUUUAAUUGAAUUCACACAGAAGUAAGAAUUUGACAUAAUUAUUCUACCUACGGUGGAAUAUAUUUUCAUAUUCAUGUGUCCUGUUGAUUCUCUCAGUUUGUCCACUGGAUUAUAAAUGCUAGGAGGGGGAUUAUUCAUUCAGGGGCAAAGUAUUCCAAAAAGUUGAAAUAUGUCUGUCAGAGAUAACAUCUUUGUUUGCAUCAACUUAUUUAAAAAUGCAAAUAUCACUUUUUUAGCUGUAGGUAUUUGGUGAAAUGGAAUAAAAUAACUAAUUUUGAUAAGCAUAUAAACAACAACAUUCAAGUAAGUUGGUGUUUUUAGGAGGAGGUAAUUAAAUCUAUUCUUAAUAAGUAACGCAGUCUUGGGGCUAUGGGAAAUGUAUAUAAAUAAAUAUAGUUCUCUGGUCCUUUACCAAAGGAUGCUACUGAUACUUAAAUCAGACACUACAUCUUUUACUUUCCACAUUCUUUCUAGUUCCUCUUUCAGUGAUUGGUAUGUGUUUACCUUCUCAGAUUCCUCCUAUGUAUAUAUAAUAUAUAUAUUAUGGAAAACCCCCUACAUAUGUACAUAUAUAAAAUCCACGAGCCUGCACUCACAUUUGUAGUAUAAGUGCGCUCUUUCAGCCAAAUCAACAAAAAUCUCCACGAACAAUUUGCAUAUGCCUUCCUAGAAUCUUUUGUGGUAAUAACAUCACCGCAGAUUUGUGAUUUCUGUGAGAAAAGCAAGUCUUAUGGCUUGACUGGUAUGCAGAUUUUUGUUUAACAUUGUAUUAACUAUCCACAGACUUCAGGUGGAAGGAAUUUUCAAUCACAAUAUUUCCCCACCAUAACCUAUUUGGAUUAUGAUAUAUAUAUCAAAUGUUAUAAGCGAUGCAGGGUUUUUUUCUGGCUCAAAACAGGUUCAUAAACAAUGAUUAAAAUGAUCUAUAGAUGGAUCUCGGCAAUAAAUAGGUCAUGUAUUUAUUAAAUAAAGGAGUGAAUGAUAUUCACGGUAAGUAAUUCACCUUGCCCAACUAACAAAAUUGAGAAAAAAAACAAAAAACUAUUGUUAAGAUCAACUUGUUUUGAAAUGUUUGCUUCAUAGAGGUCCUGAGUAGAAGGGGUAAUGUUUGCAAACAGGUAUUUAAUGCUGGCAUUGGCCCAUUGAUUUUCAGUUGGCAUUGUUUCAGAGUAGGAAUUUCAUUUGUGUGAUGGAAUGAUUAAAAAUUUCACUCUUCCCUAGAUUACAUGUAAAAUUGGAUAGUGAACUAUAAUUUAACAGUUUAGCCCUGAGUGGGAGCAAGGAAGACAAAGGAUGUGUCAGGCUAGAAAGGAGAUCAUUAGCAAAAGCUGAAACUUACAAUUCUUUGAAUGAAACUCGUAUACCCUCAAUCCCCGUUUUUUCCUAAAAGCUUGAAAAAAAUGGUUUCAGUGUGGCAGACCGCCUGGCACCACGACUCAGUGCCUCUGACAAUCGCUGCUUCUUAGUACCUCCGAGUACUUUCAAUCACUCAACCAGACACCAUAACCAUCGUAGUCCCCAUAGCCAGCGUUACAGCUUGGUUGGCGUCUUGUUGUCCUCCACCCACCUUGGACCCAAGACAGGGAUCCAGCUUCCAUUGGGUCAACCUCUCCUACUCCAGAGAGUGUAGCAGGAUAGCUCUUACAAGAGCUAUAAUCCAAAUGAGUAUAGUGAAUAUAGCAAUCCCCAGAGUGACUAUAGCUGUUCCCUCCAAACAUGAGAUGGGACUCUAUGUUUAAUGGCAACCACAACUAGCCUUAUAUGCAAGUCCCCAUGCAGGGGGUUUUCCAUAACAUAUUCCAGGGGCAUUCCCCACUGGACCUGAGAGGGGACUGUGACAAAGUACACACUAUAAUUACAUUGGCUCUCAGGUCCAGGACACUCCCAUACAAAACAGGAUAAUCCCUCUCCUGUGCCUGAAAGAUAAUUGAGUCAGGAACUGUACUAAACUCAAUUAUCUCCAGGCACAUAAAACAUACAUUUUAACAACACCCCGAAAGUACCUCCAAAACACAUGGAAAACCCACAAAAGUCACAUUUCCCUGAUACCCCUGAUUUGGGGGACCAACAUAUCCAAAAAUCACCCAGAUCGGUUUCGGGGUUCAGGGUUUUCAUAGAAGUCAUAUUCAAGACUGACUGUGCACAUGGUCCUAUGCCCAAAACAGUUCCAGGGAAUUAGUGCCAACAGUCGGUCUCUCUUUAUGGAGUACAAAAGUACAUAGAUUACAUAAGUUUUUAAAGGGCCCAUAGUCUUUUAGCAGUAGGCUGGCAAGCAGACCCUGUGGCAGAGACAUUUCUGCCACAUAGAGCACUGAAAUAAAUAGCUUGAAUCCAUCUGAUCCAGUUUGUCCAAACCUCAAAUCUGAUCUGAAUCCAUCUGAUCCAGUUUGUCCAAACCAUGAAGUAAGGAAAGGACAAGUCCACCCUUUCUGCAUCAAUUGAAUAGAAAGAUGGAAGGCAUGGAUGAUUUUUUUAGCAAGAUGAGCCACAUUGAUGAUUUUGAUUGUGUUAUCCAUGCCUCCCUUGAUGGGACCAACCCAGACUAAUAAGAGUUGAAUAGCUCCUUUUGUAUUGGAUCGAGGCAUACAGCCAACAUGAAUUAUUUCCUGUACAUAUUGAUCCAUGGUAUAGGCCUACAACUACCACAAGCCUUGGGAUCUUUACCAUGCUAAUGAAGCAAUUAAAUAUUUGGCUCCAAACUAGUAGCAGAACUAAUGUAGAGAGGGUUAUGGUGCAAGUAUUGUUUUUGGGCCUCGCACCAGUGAAAGAGUAGGCAAAAGGUAGAUCCCCAUCUGUCGUACAACUUCAAUUAAGCUAUGCUAGCUGAAGAACUACCAUUUGUCCAUCCUUGCAGGGUUUUAUUUGUAAGCAAUGUUUGUGUGUUUGAAUGUAAGCAUGUUCCUGUAUAGAGUAUAUGUGUGAAUGUAUAGGUGUAAUUGUAUGUACUGUUGCCAUUAGAAUGCGGUGGUGUGCUGGUGUCUAGUGUUUGUGUUUGAAUGCAGGGGGGUGUGGAUAUAUGUUAAUUUAAUACAUAAUAUAGCCAAGUAUAACGAGGUUGAAAGUAUAUUUGAUUAUACACAAAAACCUGCUAGUCAAGUUUGUGUCAAUUCUGUAUGUAUAAUAUAAUACCUUAGCAUUUGGCAGAAGUUCCUCUAGUGUAUGAGUUUUUCAUUUUGUAAUUUUUUCUUUUCUUUUCUUCACAGCUAAUUCAAACAAUAAGCGCUGCAGACAAGGAUGAACCCUCUCGGGGACACACAUUCUUCUUUGAAAUGGUGCAAGAAUUUUCAAUGAACCCAAACUUCACAGUUAUAGAUAAUAGAGGUAAACAAAACUUGCUCUUUACAGUUUGCUAACAGAAGUAAUUUGAUCAUUUUAUUUACAAAACAUGAUUAACCAUUUCUUGUUUUAUCUAAAUUCCAGACAAUACAGCAAGCAUUUUGACAAAAAAAAAUGGAUACAAUAGACAUAAAACAAGCAUCUACGUUCUACCUAUUAUCAUUUUUGACAAUGAUUAUCCAGUCCAAAGCAGUACUGGAACAUUGACCAUAAGAGUGUGUGCUUGUGACAGAAAAGGGAACGUACAAUCAUGUGAUGCAGAAGCUUACUUACUGCUUGCCGGACUCAGCACUGGUGCACUAAUCGCAAUUUUAUUAUGUAUCACAAUUCUUCUCAGUAAGUGCAUUAAAUGUUACACAACAUAUAUAAUAUGUAAAGUUUUUGAAUUAGUAAAUUGGUAAGAAUAUUUUAAUAAAAAAAAACAAACAAGCUGUAAGAAUACAUACACUUGCAUUAUGGCAGUCACCUGGUGCCCCUAUCUCUCCAAGUAGGCAUCUCAUCAGAUUCACACCCUCAGACACCUUUAUCAGUGUUUUUAAAGCCGGAUGUUGCAGGCCCUUUUAAUGACAUCGGUCACCCACACCCUCUCUGUGACAUCAUUACUGAUGCCCAUUCACAUUGUAGGAACACAGCAAUCAAAAAAAACACUCCAGGCCUAUAAAUACUUGAGAUAUACUUAUGUUUAGUGCCCUGUCAUGGUUUCCACUUUGGUUAUCCAAGAGCGCAUUUUCUCUGUACUCUGAUUACUGGCUAUUGUUCUUGGAUUGUCUUUACUACUCUGUUCUCUGUGUCCCAGACCUUGGCUUGUUAAUUUAUUUAACCAUGGCCUAUUAUUUGACAUAUCUAUAUCUUAUUCUUUGCAAAUUAAAGGGACACUAUGGUCACCAGAACAACUACAGGUAACUGUAUUUGUUUUUGUGAGUGUAAUCAUUCCCUAUAGGCAUUUUGCUGUAAACAUUGUCAUUUCAGAGAAAAUGCAGUAUUUACAUUAUGUCCUAGGGAUACCACCAGUAGCCACUCCACAGAUGGCUACUAGAGGUUCGUCCAGAGGAAAUGCUGAUUGACCAGGGCUGUUUGGCUUGUGCUGCUCUGUUCCCGAUCUGCCUCCUUGACAAGCUCAGCCAACUUAGUGCUUUCCUCUGAGAAAGCAUUGUGAUUGGCUAAGAAGCAGGCAGAUCAGGAGCUGAGCCAGCAGCAGCAGGCUGUAAUUAAGUGUUCUUGCAUAGCAAGACCACUUAAUGUUAUCUCACAUAUAUAUUAUUCUUAUUCUUAUUAUAGCCAAAUUUGACACCCUAACUCCUCCCACAGUUUUUACACUACAUAGACAAAAAUUUACCAAAACGUGCAGAUUGUUCCCAAUCAGAUUGCUAUUACUUUGUGGAACGUUUCGCCGAAUGGUUCACGGAAUAUCAUCGUUCUUGUGGCGAAAUUUGUCCCAUAGGAAUGAAUGGCAAAAUGUUCAAAACUAGAGUGGGAGCUGGCAAAAGCUGAAAAAUCAGGACAUGGUUUCUAAACUGCCACCACUCCCUUAUUUUCAGGCCCACCUACACAAAUCUUAUAUCACAACGUUCAGCUAUCACUGCUGCCACUAGAAAUGUCCACGGCUAAGUCAUAGUCCUGAUAGUUUUCACAAUAUGACCAUUUGUUUGCACCUCACGCCGUCCACUGACAUUCAUUGAGCUUUCCCGGUAUCCCGGUGGGCCAGUCCGGCCCUGGGGGGCAGGAGGACUAGAUAGUGUUUUAUAGCUAUAGGGUCAGGAAUACAUGUUUGUGUUCCUAAUCCUAUAGUGUUUCUUUAUGUCUGGCUGCUCUAGUAAUAGGUACUGCUAUCUGCUGUUUUUCCUGUACUUGUGCUGGAUGUUGCAUGUUAGAUUAUCAAUAGUGCUUUUUCUUAUUAAGCAUUAAAUUAUAAAUAUAUUAUUUUAUGAAUAUGUUGAAACAGGAAUGCUUUAAUAAAUUGAAUAAUUACUUUAACAGAAUAUAAUGUAUAAUACAAAAAUAUGCACAUGUAUUUGUUAGUGUGUGAGUAAAGCAGGUAUGAAUUAUUAUUUGGUGUGUUUUUUUUUUUUCAUUUUAAUAGAGAUCCUAUACCUGCUACACAAGAGAUUAAGUAGACUUGCUUUAUCCUGUGCCUUCUUAGAGCAUGAGUAUGAUUUACAACAUAAUUGUUUCAUUUUUCUGUGUAUAUGUGGCUUGAUUCAUGUAAACUGGCAUUAUGCCAUCAAUGUGUCUCUAGAAAGUGUUGGUACUCCAGUGGAGAGAUUUUUUUCAUGUGCAGUGGAUGAGAUAGGCACAUGGUUAGAUAUCAUUUUGACAUAAUUUAUAUACAUAUAGAUAGCAACAAACUUUAGCUGCACUCACGGUCUGUAGAUAAAAUCUUCAAUUCUUUAUUAAAUUUAUGUUAAAAUAGGAUAGACGUUUCAGUCCCCCUCGUGGACUUUCCUCAGGAUCAAAUACCAAAAAGGUUAUGGUGGGGAGAAAUUGUGAUUGAAAACCCCAUUCACCUGAAGUCUGUAGACAGCUAAUACAAUGUGAAACAAAAAUCUGCACACCAGUCAAGCCAAAAUACUUGCUUUCCCAACAGAAAUCACAAAUUUGCAGUUAUGUUACUACUGCAAAUGAUUCUGGGUGGGCAUAUGCAAAUUAGUUCAACAAAGAAUCAAAUUUUUGCCUCAUUCCAUUUUAAACAUGGAUUCCUUUGAGUCUGUGUUUGCUGUAUAUAACGGCUUUGAAACCUAGGAAAAGAUGCAAUGCCAGUAAACCACUCAUGGACAGCUGUUUCAUUGUUAAUGCAAAUCAUCAGCAUGAUAUUGGUUACCGGUUUGCUUAUUGAGGCUUGUUAGUGCUUGGAAAGCAAAACCCAAAAAGGUUAUGGUGGGGAAAAAAAUUGUGAUUGAAAACUCCUCCCCUUUGCGGUAGUAACACCACUGCAAAUUUGUGAUUUCUGUGGGAAAAGCAAGUCUUAUGGCUUGACUGGUAUGCAGAUUUUUGUUUAACAUUGUAUUAAGUAUUCACAGAAUUCAGGUGGAAGGGGUUUUCAAUCACAAUUUUUUUCCCACCAUAAACUUUUUGUUUUUUGCUUCCCAAACAUUAACAAUGAAAUAGCUGUCCAUGAGUGGUUCACUGGAUUUGCAUCUUUUCCUAAUUGUUCUCUUAAAGCUGUUGUAUAUGUUGUAUAAUUCUUCUCUCACCACCAAUACCUCCAAUUGGUAUUAUUUUGAGGGAAACCCACUAUGUGUUGUGUAUUAAUAGUGAAUGUAAUAUCCCUCUGUCACCUCUUCCAAGAACUAACGUAUAUCUUUUUCCCCUUGUCCAGAUAAAUAUAUGACUAGCACUACUAAGGUGUUCUACCCGGUAUUACAAUUAAACAGCCAACACCGUAGUUCUUACCAGAGAGAAAACUUUACUUAGAAUCUGCCCAGUUAAAUAUUACAGAAGAAGAAUGUUAUAGAGUUAUAGUAUUACAGAGUUACAAUACAUUCAUAACACUCACACAUUCCAUCUAUCUAAUAAUAUCUGUUUAGAGCGAACUAGAACAUUGCCUACAGAUAUCUAUAUAUGAAAAAAAUAAUAACAAAUGCAAAAUAAUAAAAUUUAAAAACUUAUUUUUAUUCUUGUAUUUAAAAGAGAAUAAUAUCUCAAGGUUUCACACAGUGAAAAUAAGGUUCUAUCGUGCAAAGAAUCUAUAAAUAGAUAGACCCUACAGGAAAAAGAAAAGAAAAAAAAGAGAUAGAAAAAUAUGUAUAUAUAUAUAUAUAUAUAUAUACAGCCAAAAGUACAAGAUAACACUCCAGGGACUUCCAAGUUGAAUGAAUAAAACUUAGCUUUUAUUAGCUCAAAAUAAAAAUCAACGUUUCAGUCUGUAUCACAGACUUUCAUCAGGAAGUGCUAUCUUGUACUUUUGGCUGUAUCUGUUUGCUGAUAAGCACCGGGCAAGUACAUCAAGGAAGGUGGAGUGCAUUACUAUUUUUGUUUUUUAUAUAUAUAUAUAUAUAUAUAUAUAUAUAUAUAUAUGCUCCUAGAUUUCAGUUUGCAUCUCUGUCUGACACCCAAACUAAUGGUGCAGGUUAGCAACAAAUGUAUCACUUGGUUGCUACUAAGAAAAAUUGCAAAUGUGUAACAGAAGUACAAUCAGAGAUAGUGACAGAAACUGCUGGUUAAUCUGGAGUAUCAGCAGGAAAAGCAUAUAUUAUAUAUAUAUUGAUUAGUCCAUUAAAGUAUUAACCUGAAUUUAGCUCAAUUGAUAUGUAAAUGUGAUUUACUUUCCCAAGGCCCAAAGUGUUGUCUAUCCUGUUAUUUUCCCAAAGAUGUAGCUGUGCCUUUCCAACUAUCUAAGCAGAAACUCAAUUUGAAGAUAAUUCCUGAUCUCCCGUACAUAUAGACUUAAAGAAUCACUAUAGUGUCAGGAAAACUAAGCGGUUUUCCUGACACUAUAGUGCCCUGAGGGUGCCCCCACCCUCAGGGUCCCCCUGCCGCUUGUCUGAAGGGGUUAAAACCCCUUCAGCAGCUUACCUUUUUCCAGCGCCGGGCUCUCUCGACACUGGUGACCUCUCCUCCCCCGCCGACGUCAGCGGAGCCGAAUGCGCAUGCGCGGCAAGGGCCGCGCGCGCAUUCAAGCUGUCCAUAGGAAAGCAUUUUUCAAUGCUUUCCUAUGGACGCUCUGUGUGAUGGAGGCAUAAUAUGCAUCCAGCAUCGCAGAUGUGCCUCUAGUGGCUGUCCCUAAAAUGGAUGUGGGCUCUAAUUUUUCCUGCUUAGUAUGUUUUGUUUUUAGUUCUUUCCUCCAACAGCAAUAUAAGAUGAAUAGAUAGCAGAUUAAAACAAACUGUAGGCAAACAAAUACUACAGAAGCAGUUCUUAAUCUUGGAUGGGUGUAAGUAUUGUAGGGUAUGCGCCCCAGGGCUCUUGAAAAUUAUUUGUUAUUUCAUUAAUAAGAUCAAAAAGGCUCUUAAAAUAAAAGUAAAUAACGAAAACUACAGCAUAAGUCACUGUUGUAAAAAAAUAUACUACUAUAUGUUCUGUAGCAAAAUAAUACUAAGUAAUAAGAAUAAUUGAAAAAGUGUCAAGGGCAUCAUAAACUGGAAACCCCGUCAGAGCAUAAUUAAUCUGUAUCCAAAAUCCUAAUCCAGAAGGUUUUUCUCUGAAGAAGAACUCUUAAUCUGUCCCUCCUCUACUUAAGGGAGGACCUGAUCUAUGGCAGGUACAGGCAACCUUCGCCACUCCAGAUGUUUUGGACUACACCUCCCAUGAUGCUUUGCCAACAUUAUGGGUGUAAGAGCAUUAUGGGGGAUAUAGUCCACAACAUCUGGAGUGCCGAAGGUUGCCUAUUCCUGAUCUAUGGUGUGUGUAUGUAUGAUAUAUAUAUUUAUUGUUAAUGGUUCACAUACCUCAGUCAUAUUUAUAUUUUAGUAUCUACUAUAUUCAAAUAUUUACAAUAUGGAUAUUAUCUUUCUUUAACAUUUCAAAUAUUUGAUUUAUUUUAUUAUAGGUCUUGCUUUAUUUUGUAUUUUUAACUAGUUUUUAAAUUCUAUCAUAUUCUAGGUGAAAGACAACCAAUGUAAAUAUUAGAUUACAUUGACAUUCAAUUAAUUUAUGGUACUAUUAUUGGUCUAAUAAUACAAGAUAAAUAAUGAAUACAUACAUAUAUUUAUCCAUGCAUAUCUGUAAAUUAUAUUGAAUAUGAUUCCUUUUUUCUUUUUUAAGCUUUAGUGUUCCUUUUUACGGCAUUAAAAAGACAAAGGAAAAAGGCAUCCUUAAUGAUUUCAAAAGAUGAUGUGCGUGAUAAUGUUGUGACAUACAAUGAUGAAGGAGGGGGAGAAGAAGAUACCCAUGCAUUUGACAUUGGUACUUUAAGGAAUCCAGAAGCAAGAGAAGAGAAUAGAUUUAGAAGAGAUAUUAUUCCUGACACCAUAUUUCAAAUAAGAAGAACAAUUCCUCUUUUGGAAAAUAUAAACAUACAUGAUUUUAUUCAGAGAAGAAUAAAGGAAAAUGAUGUAGAUACAACUGCUCCACCAUAUGAUUCUCUUGCAACAUAUGCAUAUGAAGGUAAUAAUUCUGUUGCAGAGUCAUUAAGCUCUUUGGAAUCAAUUGAUGUUGAUGACAAUCACGAUUAUCAUUAUCUUACUGACUGGGGACCUCAAUUUAAAAAACUUGCAGAUAUGUAUGGUGGAGAAGAAAGUGACUGAGUACAUAUUUUAAAGAUACGUACAAUUUGUAGCCAGAAUAAACAAAUAUAAAUUAAUCAUACCUCCCAACAGUAUGUACUGUAGCUGUAUAGUUGAUUUGUUAAUAAAGUCAAUUUAAUUUGUGAUAACAAUAUGAUGCAACCUUAUGAUCAUUUCAUAUGAACACGUGCUGAAAGAAACAUAGAAACAUAGAAUGUGACAGCAGAUGAGAACCAUUCGGCCCAUCUAGUCUGCCCAAUUUUCUAAAUACUUUCAUUAGUCCCUGGCCUUAUCUUAUAGUUAGGAUAGCCUUAUGCCUAUCCCACGCAUGCUUAAACUCCUUUACUGUGUUAACCUCUACCACUUCAGCUUGAAGGCUAUUCCAUGCAUCCACUACACUCUCAGUAAAGAAAUACUUCCUGAUAUUAUUUUUAAACCUUUGCCCCACUAAUUUAAGACUAUGUCCUCUUGUUGUGGUAGUUUUUCUUCUUUUAAAUAUAGUCUCUCCUUUACUGUGUUUAUUCCCUUUAUGUAUUUAAAUGUUUCUAUCAUACCCCACUGUCUCGUCUUUCCUCCAAGCUAUACAUGUUAAGUUCUUUUAAACUUUCCUUGUAAGUUUUAUCCUGCAAUCUAUGAACCAGUUUAGUAGCCCUUCUCUGAACUCUCUCUAAAGUAGCAAAAUCCUUCUGGAGAAAUAGUGUUCAGUACUGCGUACAAUACUCUAAGUGAGGUCUCACCAGUGUUCUGUACAAUGGCAUGAGCACUUCCCUCUUUCUACUGCUAAUACCUCUCCCUAUACAACUAGGCAUUCUGCUAGAAUUUCCUACUGCUCUAUUACAUUUUCUGCCUACCUUUAAGUCAUCAGAAAUAAUCACCCCUAAAUCCAUUUCCUCAGAUGUUGAGGUUAGGACCCUAUCAAAUAUUCUGUACUCUGCCAUUGGGUUUUUACGUCCAAGAUGCAUUAUCUUGCACUUAUCCACAUUAAAUGUCAGUUGCCACAACUC